AUGUCCGGACCGCCAAACAUCAACAACAAUCAACUGCCUCCAUCGGGUGGUGGGGCGGGGAGUGGAUCGGCAGGGACCGGUCGAGGUUGGAUACGAACACCUCCGGCCUCGUACUUCCGUUCCCCUUCGCCCUGGGUUCCACCGGGAUCGGCGCCACCGAGACAAAACUCUCCAAUCGGUCCGGCCUCUUCGGUGGCCGCCCAACCACCAGUCGGCACCUCGGCCGCCCCGCUUCCCACCGAGUUUGUUUACCAACGUCCGAGCUCGGUGAUGGGGGGUUCGGUUGGAGGUGGCGCUGGCGGUGGCGGGUUCGUUGGUCAGCAGCAAUCCCAGAUGUACCAGUACGGGAAUGCGUCGGCGAUGUCUUCUUCCUCUUCCGUCCGCCAUACAUCGACAACGACAACGACGACGAACACGAUGAUGAUGGGUGGGCCAGGUGCUCCGGGAACGCAGGAGUACCAGUUCCAGCGGCCCAUCCCGUCGGCCAUGACUCCGACUCAGUUUGCGCCGGCCGCGGCUCUCUACCGUCCGGUUUCACCGGCUGCCGUGGCCCCGCAACCCUACCCGCAGUUCUCGUCCGCCAUGUCCCCGGUUCCAUCCAUGCACCGUUCGAUGACCCCGCACAGCGUUGGCAGCGGGUAUGGGGCGGCCGAGUACGGCUCCUACCACUACGCACCCCCUCCAUCGCAACAGGUGCGUCCCGGAUCUUCACACGGAUCGGUGUACGGUGGAGUGACCUACCACUAUGGUCCUCCAGGAGGACAAGGAGGAGUUGGCCCGGGGGGGCAGUCGCAAUACGUUAUCUACGAUUACGGGGGCGCGGUGGGUCCAUCGACGGCGGAAAUCAUUGCGGCCCAGUCGCAGGACUACGUCGAUGAGAAGCUUGCAGAAUAUCAGGCCACCAUUAUGCUACUGCAAGAUGAACAAGAACGUGUACAGAAGAAAACUUUCGUUAAUUGGAUUAAUUCGUUUUUAAGCAAGCGUAUACCGCCGCUCAAGGUCGAGGAUUUGAUCCAUGACCUUAAAGAUGGCACUAAACUGUUGGCCUUGCUGGAAGUGCUCUCCGGUGAGAAGCUUCCGAUGGAAAAGGGCAAAAUUCUGCGCCGUCCACACUUUCUAAGUAACAUCAACACUGCGCUACAGUUUCUCACGAGCAAGCGUAUCAAACUAGUCAACAUUAACCCCUCGGACAUCGUGGACGGACGUCCGGCUGUAGUGCUCGGCUUAAUCUGGACCAUAAUCCUUUACUUCCAAAUCGAAGAGAACAGUCGCAUUCUGCAUUAUCUGAACGAAAACAUCAGUGGCUCUCUGAGUUCGCUUGGAAGCAGCAGCUCGGCAUCCAACAUACCGAGCCUGAGUAGCAGUAAACCACUCACAUAUAGUGCCACGGCGUCGGUAACAGCUAGCAGCAAAGAAAUGUUGAAACAAGGACCUCGAAAGACGCUCCUUACGUGGGUCAACAGCGCCUUGCCAAAAUCCACUGGCCUGGAAGUGCGAGACUUUGGUGCUAGCUGGCGCGAUGGUAUUGCUUUUCUUUCGCUCAUUGAUGCGAUCAAAACGAACGUGAUCAACAUUGCGGAGAUGAAGAAGUACAACAAUCGAUACCGCUUGGACACGGCGUUCAAUGUGGCCGAAUCGGAGCUUGGUAUCGCCCGGCUGUUGGAUGCGGAGGAUGUAGACGUCAGCAGCCCGGACGAGAAGAGCAUCAUGACUUACGUCGCACAAUUUCUACACAAAUACCCCGAUGUGAAGAACAUAAACUCCAAGAGCGAUAGCGAGCGUGAGCUGCUAGAGUUGCUGGAAUGGCUUCGUCGAACGAUAAAUUACUACGAUGGAAUGCACGGAAAAUAUCCGAACAACUAUGAAAUGUACGAGAGUGUCAAUGGGGAAAAGCUGGAAAAACAGAACACGUACAAGAAGGUGAAAAGCAUCAACGCCGCCAAAAUGACACCGGAAGUGCAAGAGCUCAACAGUCUUUGGCUCCAGCUCGAUCGUCACAUGCAGCAGUGGCUUUGGUACCUGGAUUGCAAUCUCCCAGAUCAGCUGGGCGUUAUUGGCCGCUGGCUGGCCAACGGGGAGAAACUGCUCAACGACGACGAUAUUCCUAGCAGCAUGAACGAGGAGACCGCAUCGUUAAUCAGCAAAAAACUGGAGGCGCACAAGCAAUUCUUUGCCACGUACUACGAGGUGUUGGAGACCUUCAACGGAUUGAAGCAUAGCCCGCUGAUGAAGAAAGCUCCUUUGGGGCAGUUGCAAAACAUGGAAAAAAGAUUGCUAGAUAUUGAACCGAGAGCGAGACAACGUCGUAUUAAGCUCAAGUUCCUGGAGCAUAAGUGCUGUUUGAUUGCGUUCCUCAACUUGCUCGAGAAUAAGAUCAACGGUGUGAAGUAUAGCAAUGAAGAAACGGUUAAACAAUCGUUGGACCACUUGAAAAAUUUUGUUACUCGCAAUCAGAUCAUGCAAGAGUUCGAGAAGGCGCUGAUCGAUAUGCGCCAGGUGAUCGAAGAGUACAAGAUUGACGGCAACAUAACGAAGAAGGAAAUGUACAACAUCGAUGCGUUUUUGCAAGAGAUUGAAGAUCGCUGGAAAAAUGUGUCCUCCCGGUUGAUCUGUACCGAAACGAUGCUUGAGGACGUCCUUUCCCAUUGGCAGCGCUGGCGUACGUUGGUGUGCGAGAUCGAGGCGUGGCUAGUGCAGGCACAUGAUGCCCUGCAGGGUACCGAAGAUGAGCGUAUCGAAUUUUUCCAGAACAUUAACGUGUACAAAGAGAAGUUUGAUGCACUGACGGAUACAUACAACAUCCUUAAGUCGACCUGCGAUCAGGAGACGUGCUUUGCGCUGGAAAGGAAGUACAGUCAGCUAGCCUCACACUGGGAGCAGGUGUUCCAGCACACCAAACAGUAUCUGCAUGUGGGCGAUAUUUUGCAGCAUCGGCAGAAGUUUAAGGCCGAUGCGGCACAGCUGAACGAGUGGAUUAGGGUGGCGGAAGUUGCACUGGGUCGCAAUAAUCUUCGCGACUCGGGCGAAAUUCGUCGCUGCGAGACUGAAAUCAAGCAGAUUGCGUGUGAAAUCGAAAACAUGGAGGAGUUGUUCAAGUCCGUCAGUCGCAGCUUCCAGGCCCUGAUCAAGGAAUACUCGCGUGAGGAAGUGGAUCGCAUGAUGGGGAUGAUGAAGAAACAGAAGGAGGCCCUGGUGCGUGUGCGGGCACAGAUACCGGUCAAGUUGCAUCUGUUCCAUCAGCUGCUGACCCAGCAGGAGGCGCUGGAGAGUGGGCAGCGGGAAAUUUCUCAGUGGCUCGACGAUGCCGAGAAUUUGCUGAUUUCGUAUUCGUUCAGUAACGAUCCACAGCAGACUAGAAAUAAUCUGGCUAAGCACAAAACGUUCUUUAAUCGCACACUCUACUACAAGUCGAUGUUGGAGAGCAAGAAUAACGUUUUUCAGAACCUGCUGAAGCUUACCGAUACGGACAAGAGUAUCGACAUGAGCGAGGCGAGUGGAAAGAUGAAGCAGCUGAACGAUCGCUUCCAAUACGUGAUCAACAACGCAAACGAUUGGGAGUAUAAGCUGCAGGAGAAUCUGCGCGUUUGGGAUAAUUUCAGCGAGAGCAAGCAAACAGUGGAAACAUUCUUGCGCCAAGCGGAAGCUUUCCAGAAAUCGGCCAUACCGGUCGACAAAGAGGCAGAUGCUGAAGCGCAGCUCGAAUUCUUCAACUCGGCCGAUCAGUCCAGCAUUAACAAGCUCGAGCGGCACACCGAGGAUCUGCUGAAAUAUCUACCACCAGGAGAGCAACAAGUCCUCAUCGCCAAAGUGGAAGCCAUUCAGCGGCAGUGGAGCGACGUGAUCCAGCAAAUCCCACUGCACCUGCUAAAGGUUGAGUUCCGCUUGAACGAGCUAACGUUCAACGGAUGCGUGAACGACAUCGAGAAGGAGCUCAACACGCAAGAACAAGCUUUCAAUUGUAACGAAAACUUUGAAGCAAUUCUUCAACGCAAUUUGGAGUACUUCAAGAAAACGGACCUGCAACGGGUCGAGCAGGUUCUGGGCAAUAUGGAGAAGAUAAGCUAUAUCUAUCUGGACAAAUCUGCUAACGAUCAGUCGCUGGCACCGUUGUACCAGCGGGCCAACGAUGCUUGGGUCGCAAUUUGUAAACGGAUUGAAAGCGUGCGCAACGUGUUGCAUAAAAUUCCGGCCCAGUGGGAGGCUUACCAUGCGAAGUUCGCCGAGAUGAAUGCCUGGAUGGACAAAGUAGAUGAUUCACUGCGGCAAGUGAUGGUCGAGAAGCACUCGAUGGAAGAGUUCGAGAAAGACAAAGCGACCUUCCAGUUAAAAACAAUCAUGAAUAUUUGCUUCGAAGCUGAUGCGAAGCGGGAAGACAUGAAGUGGUUGGUAAAAACAUUGGAUUUCCUUUUGAGCCACACGAACGAAGACCAAGCCAGUAUUGAGCAGGACAAAAUAGAGAAACUCAUUGCUCGCUACAAAACGCUUAUACCGACCAUCGAAACAACGAUGACCAAGACGGAGGUGUUCUCCAAGUGUUACACGUAUCGUCGAGAGGCACAGGAAAUCUGCGACCUGCUGGAUCGCAUCAAAACGCAGGCACAAAAUGUCCCACCACCCGAUAGCUACAAACGUGUGAACGAAAUGAUCGAAGAGCAGCAGUACUCCAUCAAGGAGCUGGACAAUCAACGGGCGCACAUCAUGAAGAUGCUGCAGCGCGGAAAGGAUCUAAGCAAAAACCCGAGUGCCCCACAGUUCAUCGGUAGUGAAAUUCGCAAGUUGGAAACGGGUUGGAACGAUACGUACAACGAUGCGGCCGAUAAGCUACGCUCGCUGCGUGCCAUACAGAAAGUUUGGGGAGACUACAACGAGCAGAAGGGACGCAUUGUUAAUCUGCUGAAUUCCGCCGAAAUGGAGCUACGUUCAGUGACGCCGUUGCAGACAGACCCAAAGAGUGUUACGCAGGAUCUGGAGACGAAGCGACAGUUGGCGAUGAAUUUGAAACAAGCAUCCUCGAAAUCGUUGCUCCAGCUGAACGAUCUUUGCCGAGAUUUGGGCAUUUCCUUACCGCCAACCACGAAGAAUGCGAUCGAAAAGGAAGUGACCGAUCUGGGAAAGCGUGUUGACAAUACGGUUGACUAUGUGGAGAAGCGUGUCGUUUACCUGGAGGACUACAGUGACAAGUGGAACGAGUAUAAACAACGUCUCGAUAGUCUGAAGAGCUGGGCGAACAAUGUGUAUCCGAAGAUGGUGGCUGCUAUUAAGCAACCGCAAAUCAGUGCCGAAGAUCGUGUACUCAAGGCGAAGCAGCUUGAGGGUGUUCUCACGGAAAAGAUCCGCCAGCUGGACGUGUUGAAUGCGAGUGCGGCCGAUCUCGCUUCGAAGGAGGGUAACUUGAGCGAGAUGAAACGGCUGAAGGCGGAAGUGGUGCACUUGCAGGGAACCUUUACCGAGCUGCACCGGAUGGUGGAUAGUGAAAAGGCAGUGGUAGGAGAGGACUUUGAGACAUGGAAGAGCUAUAACCGUGACAUGGGCGCGCUAAAGGAAUGGGUUGAACGGGCAAAGCUUGCCCCAGAGCUGGAACAGUUGCGUCCGUCCACGCUUCCGGAAGCUCGUGCCUAUCAGGGUCAGCUGGAGGUGUUCAACGAGCAGUGCGAAGGAAAAAUGGACGAACUGCAGAAUGCCAUCAAGAGCUCGCAGAAUAUUCGAUACGGGGUAAAGCCGGCGGAGGAAACCGAUAAGUACUAUAUGAUCGUGUCCAGCAUCUACGAGAACGUGCAGCACCUUUUGAAUAAAUCCGGCAAACUGGUAAACAACUGGGCGAUCCUGGACAGUGAUCUAGGCAAGCUGAACACGUUCAUCAAUGGGGCAGAGGUCCGCAUGGGCGAGUUUGGGGCUGUGCAAGGUCCCAGCGCGUUGCCUAUUGAUCAUUUGGAAACGAAAAUAAAGUCACUGAAGCUGUUCAGUAACGAAAUUUCGGAACAACAGGCAAAGUUGAUCGCGCUGGUACACAUGUUCGAUCAGAUCAACCACGGACUGUCGGAGAAUGGUGUGCAGACACUGCGCGAUCAGCUGAAAUCGGCCAAAGAUCGGCUGGCACGGUUGAGCGAAGAGACCCGUGCACGCAUCAAUGCGAACUACGAAAGCAUCGUCGAGCAGCAGAACUUUAACGCACAGAUGACCGACUUCAGCAACUGGAUGGAUCAGAUACGCACGAGUAUCAGUGAGCUGGAGAACACGGCCGUCGAUGAAAUCGAAUUGGCGGUCCAGAACGUGCAGUAUUUGGUGCAGCAGCAUGCCGAUAAGCGCGAUACUUUCAACCAGAUCUACGCGCAGGUGAAACAGCAAAGCCUUUCGAACAACCCGAUGGAGAACAAGUUGCUGAAUGAGACGUACAGCUCGCUGGCAAGCAACUAUCAGAAUUUGGAAUCGAGUCUGCUGCAAAUGAAAGACUUCCUACAAAAGUGGGUCGAGUUUCUGCAGUGGCACAACAUGACCAAAGAUCAGUUGGCGUACUUGCGUGAAAGUAUGAUCAAGUAUGAUUUGGCUAGCGAGGAGCAACUCGCGGAUGUCAAUCGGCGUAUCGGGGAGAUAUCAACUGGCAUAGAAAACUGGCGUCGUCUGUCGAUUGCAAUGGAACAGGAACCCUGCAUAUCGUUCCACGACAGGUCCCGCAAACCGGUCAGUGCGAUCACGAUGAUCGCAGAUCUGGAUCACAAGUUGGCUAGCAUACAGUCUCAGGUAGAUGGAAAGAUGAAGGAAGUGGAAUCGACCAAGGAGCGCGUAAACAAAUUCCACCAAACGCACAAGCAACUGACUGUGGCACUUGAUGGUAUCGGCGAGAAGUUGAAAGCAAUUAUCCAAGCAGCGCGACUCUCGACGCUGGACGAUGGCUUGGAAGAUCUUUCGUCGUUGAACGAGAAGAUCAGUGAGCUUUGUAGCGCCCAAGCACAGGCGAAGUACGAGGGAAACCUGCUGCUCAAACAGGAUGUAGUUCAGAUGGCAACGGACGAUAUACAGGAAGAGCUGGGAAAGCUGGACAAGAAGGUUACCGAUCUGCAGCAAGAGUCGGACGAAGUAUUGCGCGUAUUUUCAAGUACCAGUGAUCUGUACGGCGAUUUCAACAAGUACAACAUGAGUUUCGCCAACGAGCUGAAGCAGGUCGAAGCCCUGAACAACGCCACGGUGUUAAACUUUGACAACAAACCGGCCUUGCUUCAAGCUCUGGAGCAGCUAAAGAAGGCGUCCGAGACAAUGAUGAAGAAGGUGAAAAAGAGCUCGGAUGCGGUAGCGGCGAAGGGUAAUGAGCUGGCAAAGACGUUCCGGGCCUAUAAUCCCCAGGAUUGCGACAACAUCCUUGACAUCAUUCGUAACAACAAUGAGCAGUUUAAAUCGAACCUAGAACGGCUGAUCGACAAUUCGAGCUUGCUCGAUCAGAAGGUCGCUCUUUACAAGCAGAUCGAUGAACUCUACCAGGAUCUGGACGAGUGGUUGCAGGCGAAACGAGACCAACUGUCACGCGUUCUGGAGAACCCGGGUGAAAUCGAGAGCAAGAUCGUUGCCUACCGUGCGGAACUGCCAGCGCAGCUUGCGUUCAAAGAAAAUCUGGAUGGGUUGCUGUCGGAGAUGAAGAAGAUGAAUGGCGGUUCGCUGCCAAAGGAUCUGCAAUCGAUUGCUUUACAGUUGGAUGACUCGUUUGUGUCGGUCGAGGACUCGGUGAAUCGGUUGAAUAGUCGCAUGUCCGAAUAUACCGCGGAUGAGCGUCGUUUGAAGCUUUCGAUCAAAGGCAUCAUCGAGCGAAUCUACAGCAUCCGCGAGGAGAUUGUGAGCUGCGACGAUAUGACGCUGGACAGUGGCAAGCAGUUGGUCCAUUUGGCAGGAUGCCGUGAGCUGCGGCGAAAGCUUAAUUUGGUCGGUGAAGAGAUCACAGAGUUGAAGAACGAUUUCGCCGCUCUGGAAGCGAAGUACGAUAAGGGCGUAAAGGAGACAUCCACUAUGGCGAAGGAAAUUCAAAACCUUGAUCAACGCUUCGGGCUGGUCAUGCACAGCUUGAACGAAGUGGAGAUGAAGUUGACCAAGGGAGUGGAAAAAUCGUUCAAAGACAAGCUUAGUGCACUGGCUCGAAUGAUUGCGUCGCAAAGUGAAAAGCUAAACUGGUGCGCACCGGAAUCGACGAGCGAUAAGUACCAGCUGGAAGUGAAACGGACCACGCUGAACGAUAUUCGCACCAGUAUUGACGAUUGUGAGCGAAUCCUCGGCGAUUCGGAGCGUUCGCUCAUGGGUCCAGUGGUGGAGCUAUUCUCCGCGGCAAAGGUUGACCACCUGAAGGAGGAAACUGGCGAGGUGGGAAAGCAACUAACGCAGCUGAAGAGUGCCUUUGGCGUGACGGAAAAACAGCUGACGGAAAAUAUUGCCUUGUGGCUGAAGUACGAGUCGCUUUCCGAGGAAGUGAUCCGUUUUCUGAAGGAUCUAGAAUCACGUAACCGAAUGGAAACGGUUCUUUUGAUUGAUUUGACCGCUUUGAAUGAGAAGGUCAAGGAGAUCGGCCAGACGCGUCUUACGCUUGACGAGUUCAAGGUGAAAAUGGAUGAUCUACAGUUGAUUGGCAAUAAGCUGAACGAGGUGAACGAAGAAUCGCGUGCUCUGGUGUUGGUUCACCAUCUUCAGAACAAGUACCAUACGUUCAGUAAAUACUUCACGCAGUUAGCGGACCGUUUGGAGGAUGUCCGCGCGAAGGACAUACAGUUCCGGGCAGCCGUGAACGAGAUUCGCCAGUGGCUACAGGUGGUCGCGGGAAAGAAGCAAGCGCAAAAUCUCAGCGCGGAUCUUCCAGCACAGGCCAUGUUUGAUCGCGACUACGAAGAGGCUAAGGCACUACGGGCCGAGAUACUGUCAAAGGAUGGAGCCUUGAAUGAAGCCUGUUCGCUCGGUGAGAAUCUUUACGCCGAGGUGAGUGUCGAGUGUCGUGAAGAUAUUCGUGAUGAAAUGAAGCGCCUGCGGGGAGACUACAAUGCCCUGCUGGAAGAGAUAAGCGGUGGCAUUAAGCGUAUCGAAGCCGAUCUGAUCAAGAAAAAGUCGAUUGAUGAAAGCCAUAACCAGUUGAAGAAUUGGCUGACGGAGUUGCGAGGAAAGAUAACGUCCGGACUGGGCGAUCGAUACGCGACGCUUCCGGAGAAGAAAAGUGCUCUGUAUAGUGGUAAAAAUAUGCAGAAAGACAUUGCAGUGCAUGAGACGAAUCUAGAUCAGAUUCAGAAGAAGAUUAUGGCACUUCCGGAUAAAAGUUCCCUAACGCAAAUCGAAGAAACGCGCCAAAACUUUGGAGUGUUGCGUGAAGAGCUAACGCGGAAAAUUGACCUGCUGGAACAAGCAAUCAAAUCGCACGAACAGUACAAUGCGCUGCUGGAAAAAUCCCGCGACUGGCUGCUGAAACUACAGUCGCAGACCGAGGAAAUGUUCAACGACGGUGAUUUGACGAAAGCGAAGAUGGAGGAAUAUCUCAUCCUCAUUGACACAGUCCUGACCGAGGAGGAGGCAGCCCUCGACGGUGUCAACGAGUGCUACAACCAGUUUGCGAUAGUGAUGGCUCAGACGCACGAGAAUGGACACUCGGAACUGCUGCGCGCGUUCGAGGACAACAAACGGCAGUGGACGAACUUCUUUGAAAAGUGCCGCUCCUUUAAGUCACACUCUGCCGAAUCGUUGAAGCAACUGGAAAUGUUCAACGGUCGGCUCGAGCGAGCACUGGCCUGGUUGGCGUCGAAGAAAAACGAAAUUAAGGAAACCAGUGCCCAAGGUCCGUUGGACGCGAAACAACAGUGUUUGGGAGUGCUGCAGGAAAUUCGGGACAGCAUUCAGAGCUACGGCGUCACCGUGAGUGGCAUCCUGGAGGAGAGCCAUCAGGUGAAACCAAAGUUUGAUGUAACCGGAAAGGUGGCACAACUUCAGAACGAAUAUCGUGUAGUUGCCGGACUGUGUGCCGAUGCCAUUACAAAGGCGGAAUCGACGCUGCACGACCAGAGCGACUUCAAUAAGGCGUACGACGAAUUUGAAGCAAUGCUGCGCAAGAACCUCGACAGUCUUCAGGAGUUCCACGAGCUCGUAGGAGACCUUGGUGUAUUGCAGGAGCGUCAGCUACGGUUGAAGGAAAUUGCCUACAAACGUCUGGACGAUAGCAGUCCCUACGAGAGCCUCAUCAAUAGGGGAGAGAAACUUUACUCCUCUACCACUCCCGAGGGACGCGAGUUAAUAAGGCAGAAACUUGGGGUGAUUCGUGACCUGUGGGAUCGGUUCUCGGAUGAAUUGAACACGGUAACGCAGCAGCUCGAUCAGUGUAUUCUACAGUUCGGGGAGUUUUCACUGCAGCAAGAACAGCUCUCCAAGUGGCUGAAGGACAUCGAGAACUCGAUGAAGGCGAAUGCCGAGCUUAAGGCAAACAUCCAGGACAAACGCACCCAGUACCAGAACCACAAGCUGAUGCAUCAAGAGAUACUGUCACAGGCGGCGCUGGUGGAGUCGGUGUGUGAGAAGGCGCAGCAGUUACUCUUGCUGACGAAAGAUCAGCACUUGCAGAGCUACCUGGUUUCUAUCAAGGACACUUACCAGGGCAUUGUACGCAAAUCUGGUGAGUUGUUGGACAAUCUGAACGAAUGUGUUGUGGCGCAUCAAAAGUACGUUACCGCAUGCAGCAAACUUCGCAGCUGGAUAAACGAGGAAAAGGACAAAGUGUUUUGUUGCGAGGAAACGGGUGGCGAGAAGGCGGAAAUCAACAAGCGUAUCGAGAGCCUGGGAAAUUUGAAGUUGACGAAACCGAAGGGCGAUGAACUGCUGGCCAGUUUGGUGCAGUGCUACGAAGCAACGAAAGCAAGUUCGUCGCCCGCCGGUAUAACCGCGAUCGAGCGUGAGAUUGGUGAGCUGCGGAAUGAGCUUGCAAGCUUGUACGGCCAAAUCGACGAGCUCAUCGGUAAUCAGCGGAAGUCAUUGAGUGGCUGGAGCCAGUUCGAUCAGGAUUUGGAUGCGUUGACCAAAUGGUGUCGCUCGAUGGAGGCAAUAUUCCGCGAGCAGCAGCUAUACGAUUCGCUUGACCGUAAGCAACAGCAGCUGGAUGUUUUCCGCGCAAACCAGGAAUCGAUUGGGGAAAAGCAAAAGCAGAUCGAUGACUUCGUGACGAUGGCUCAGGCGCUUUUCACCAAGACGGGUGUGGAGAAGAUAAAGUUCUACAUCAAUCAGCUCAUCAAUCGCUACCAGUUGCUGCAGGUGCUGAGUAAGGAGGUCGCAAAUCGAGCCCAAAACAUUGUAAACGAUCACAAAAACUACAACGAUCGGUACGCUGAGAGUGCCACCCGUUUGGGCGAGUUCGAAAAGGAGCUGGAGGCGUUGGGUCGUGAAAAGCUGGGUGUCACCAAUCAGCCGAAGCUGCAACAGCUCGAGAUUGAAAAGGAGCGCUUCGAGAACAAUCUGAUGAGUUUGGUAACGGCGAGUGAAAAGGUGCUUCCGGAAACGAAUACCCAAGGGCGGGAGAAAAUUCGCGAUGCCGUACGUGAGCUGAAGGACCGAUGGGAUCAGGUGAUCGCCGGGUUGAACAACGUAAAGAAGCAGCAGGACGUGCGGUCGAUUCAAUGGUCAUCGUAUCAAGACGUUCUGCAGCAGGUGUUAAGCUGGUUGGAUGCCACCGAGCGUAAGAUCGAACCGAAUGAAUCUCAAAGCUGGAACUCGACGCAGGAGAUCCGCUCGAAGCUGUUCAAGUACAAGGCGAUCUUGCAGGAAAUCAGUGGCCAUCGACGCAUUAUCGAUUCGCUGAGGGAGAAGGCAGAUUCGCUUGUGGCCGAUAUGCAGAACGAGGACAUCAAUGCGAAGGUGCAGUCGAUCACGGAGCGAUAUGAGCUGCUGAAGAAAUCCUGCAGCGAUCUUAUUCGCCGUUUGGAGCAAUCGUUGGAACUGUGCAAUAAGUUCAAUGAGUUGCAGAAAUCGGUUCUCGACGAACAGGACCACCUGUUUGGCGAGCUGAAGCAACUGUCCGAUGUUUCCGGAAACAAGCAGGCCGUGCAGGAGAAGAUUCAAAAGAUUGACGAACUCCACCAGUCCAAUGGAAAGAUGAAGGAAAAGUUUGUCAAUCUAGCGAAGCUUAUCACGGACAACGGUGAUCUGAUAUCGUACGGUGCGAAGACGGUCAUGGAGCAGGAUCUGUUGAAGAUGAGGGGCGACUUUGAAAAAUUCGUUGGCUCGAUCGGUGAUGCAAAAGUGGAGCUUGAGAAGCGCUUACAGCUGUGGGAUGAUUAUCAGCGCGACUUGGAGCUUAUUAGUGCCUUCCUGACCGAAGUGGAGGACACUAUGCGUGGCUACACGCUGAAAAGCAGUCUCGGUGAGAAACAGGAGCAGCACGAAUACUAUCAGGCGCUGCUGGGACGCUUGAAGCAGAAUGCCCUCGAGUUUGACAAACUUCUCGAUAAAUCAUCAGAGUUGCUGCAGAGUAGCGGUGAUACGAAAAUUUCCUUCCACAUGCAGCAGCUGAAGUCGCGCGCCCAAGCGGUAGAGAGUACGGUGAAGGAAUUGGCCAAGAAAUGUGAGCAUGCGUACGGUGAACAUAAGCAGUAUCGUAAGCGGUACGAUGAGUGCGAGAAGGAAGUGGACGAUAUUCGCGAUGUGUUUGACGGUUGUCGGAUGCAGAGCGUUAGCCAGGAGAAUCCACAGACGAUGCUCGAUACGAUCCAAGCGCUGCUGGCCAAGCAGAACAUGAUAUCGGUGCAGUGCAACGCGGUGUCCGACAUUGGAGAGCAACUGUACACUACGACUGCCUCCAAGGGGCAGCAGAUGAUUCGCAGCGAAAUUCAAGAACUUACCGCAAAGUGCGAGCGUCUUUUCGAUGAGAUAAAUGCCUAUGCUCGUUCGUACGAAGGUCGGCUUGCAAAGUUAUCCGGGUUUAUGGACAAGGCCGAUCAGUUGCAGGAAUGGUUCAAUACCGUUGAAGCACAGCUGGGCAAAGGAGGGCUGAUUCUGAAGCCUACUCUCGACGAAAAGUGUGCCCAGCAGCAAGCCUACGCGGAGCUUCUGAAUGAUAUUAAAAACCACAAACCGGAGUUGAACAAUGUUCGGGAUUUGGUGGAUAAUAUGACGGAGAAAGAUGCGGGCACCGAGCGGCGCAUGGGUGAGCUGCAAAGCAAGUACGAUGAGCUGCUGGAGAAGGCACAAUCUUAUGGCGAUCAGUACGAUCGCAUCGUGCACAGCCACCGACAGUACUGUAAGGCAGUGAUGGACACGCAGGACUUUAUCGAUGCCAACCACAACACGGUGGAGCUGUGGGGUGAGACCGAUCUCGAUCAGGUAUCGCUAAUGACCAACCUCGAUCGGCUGAAUGAGCUAAAGCGAACGAUCACGACCGAACAGAGUCGCGUUGAACUGAUCCGUACGCUCGGUGAAGCAACGAUACCGGAUACGAGUGACGAGGGGCAAGCGAACAUACGUUCUCAGAUUGACAUUUCGCAGCAGGAAUGGGAAGGACUGUUGGCGGUUAUUGAUUCCACGCUGGACAGCAUUCAAGGAAAGAUCAGCGAAUGGACGGAUUACGAAAAGAUUCGCACGGACUGCAUGAACUGGAUGCGAGAUAUCGAUGCGAAGAUUCACUCUGUCGACCUGAAGGCAACACUCAUCGACAAAAAGGCCACACUGGACUACCUCAAGAGCUUGCAGGGUGAGGUGAAAGCGAAGGAGCUUGAGAUCGACAAUUUUACCGAAAAAGCACAGCAACUGUACCGUGGAUAUUUGAGCAGUCGUAACCAACAAAUUUCGGAGCUGGCCGUGAAGUAUCAGCAAACAUCGAGCCGAGUGAAGGAGCUGGUUGGUCGCUGGCAGCAAUAUGUGAUUCAGCACCAAGAUUUGGAUACGCGCAUGGGUGAGCACCGGGAGUGGCUGAAUGGAAUACGGGAGCGUCUGAAUUAUUGCGCUGACUUAUCGAGCACCUCGGAGAAGGAACUGCAGAGCAAGCUGAAGCUGGUGCAAGAGAUGAUCGUUAACAAGGAGGACGGAUCCGGUCGCCUACAGGUGAUAGUGGAUUUGGCACAGCAAGUUCUCGCUUGUACGACUCCAUCGGGUCAUGAAGCGGUUAACAAAGCGGUCGCAGCAUUGCAGGAGGAAUGGUCCGCCUUGGCACUGCGUAUGAUUGACAUCCGUGCAAAUCUGGAUGAAGCGAUCAAUCAGUGGUCUGGAUUUUUGGACCAGGUGAACGAUUUGAAGCGUAACAUUGACUGGAUGGAGGCCGAGCUGAGUGGGUUCGUCGAAUUUCAGGCCAACAUGGCUGACAAGCGAGCCCAGCUUGAGCGCAUCAAGAACACGGAAGAGAAGAUUCGUCUGGAGAAGAUCGAGAUCGAGCCGUUGAAGCAAAAAACCGCCGAAAUGGCGGCAUCGGGACAGCAGUCACAGGCCGCUACUACGGCGCAGCAGAUUCUUGGCAAGUUCGAUUACCUUGCGGAGCGGAUUAGCAAAAUCCUUACCGAACGCGAAGACCAGUACCGUGAUCACCGGCUGUACAAGGAGGCCUUCGAUGAUCUAUUCAACUGGAUCAGCAGAGCUCGCGAGAAACUGCCUUGCGUGAAGCAACAGUCGUUGAGCGAUAAGCUGACAAUGGACAGUGCGAUCGCUCCACUCGAUGCGCUGAUGAACAAGAAAGCUCAGGGUGAACUGCUGGUUGAGCAUCUGGUUCACACUGGGGAGGUUGUGAUGGCUUCCACGUCUGAGAAGGGCAAGGAAGCGAUUCGCAACGACAUCAACGGGCUGAAGGCAAACUUUGAGUCGCUCUUCGGCGAUAUUGACAAGCAGAAACGCGAUUUGGAGAAGACGCUCGGAUUGCUACGGGAGUACAAGGAGGAAUACGAGCGGCUUUCCGAGUGGUUGCAGCAGGUUGACAUCCUCGUGAAGAAUCAUAAGCUGGCGACGUGCUCGAAUUUGGAGGAAAAGGAAAAGCAGGUCCGCGAUAUGCGUGAACUGAUCGGAAAGCUUGAGAAGGGCCAGGGAGAAAUGGACAAGUUUAAUGCAUUCGCGGCGCCACUGCUACAGUCGCAUCUCGAUACGUACAUCGGCAAUCAGUUGCGCCACUUGAACUCGCGCUAUCAGGUGCAGGUUAACCUUGCAAAGGAUGUGCUGAAGAAGGUGGAAACGAACUACGAUCUCCACCGGGAGUACAAGGACAACUUAACGAAGGCGAACGGAUGGAUCGACAAUGCGAAGGAGAUCGUUCGCUACUCGACGGAGAACGUGGAUAGUGUGAGCAAGGAAAACCUCGAGAAGCGUUUGGAGAAAAUCGUCGAACUGAUUCAGCAACGCGAGCAGGGUCAGCACCUGGUCAAUGCUACGGUCAACACGGGCGAGAAGGUGGUGAAGAGUACCAAAUCCGACGGAAAGGAGAUCAUCAAUGGCGAGAUAAAGGAUAUUCAGACCAACUGGGAUCGGCUUGUGAAACGGAUGUCCACGGCAAAGGUUCAACUGGAGACGAACCUGCUGCAGUGGGCUGACUACAGCUCAAGCUAUAACCAUCUGCAACAGUGGAUUCAGGACCGAGAGAGCAAACUGCAGCAGGUGUGUGAGCAGAAGGUAGUUCGCUUCCGGUUGGGCGGAACGUCGAGCAGUUUGAGCAGCGGUUUGAACGAGCGACGUGCCAAUCUUCGCCAGGCAAACGAUAUCGUGCAGGACAUAGUGAGCUUCGAGCCGAUGAUCCAGUCGGUUGCUAGUAAGGCCUCCGACCUGCGCCAAACCUCUCCAGCUUCGGAGAUCUCGAACAAGUAUGAAACGCUUAGCAAGCAGGCGAAGCAACUGUUCGAGAAGCAGAAGGAGACGGUCGAGUUGCACCAAGCGUUCAUCGAUGCCAGUAACGAAUUUGCCGCCUGGAUUCGAAAUGCCAAAGAGUGCCUGAACAAGUGCUCUGACUCGCGCGGAGACAAGGAGACGUUGGUGUCGAAGAUGACACAGCUGAAGAUCCUUGACAACGAUGUACCGGCGGGGCAAAAGAAGUUGGAGAAGGCCUUGGAGCAGGCAGAGGUGGCCUGUCGCAGCGUGGAUAGCGAUGAGGUUGAAGCGAUCGAGAAAGAAGUGGCCAUUCUGCAGGAGGAGUUCGACAACUAUUGCCUGGCGCUGAAGAAGAUCAGUGGCGCACUGGAGAAUGGAAUCGUACGAUGGACGGAGUACGACGAUCAGUAUGGUGUGGCACUGAAGUGGCUGGACGGUAUUGAGCAGGAGGUUCAAACGUAUAACAAGAUGCAGGCAAACUUGCAGGAGAAGAAGCGAGUGCUGGAGGAGUUCCAAGACAAACUGCAAACGUUGUUCGACUGGCAGCGGGAGCUGGACAGUUUGAACAUGCGUGCCCAAGUUCUGCUUGACAUCUGCGCCGAUACGCGCAUCAGCAAUGGUGUAACUCAGCUGACGACGAAGUAUAACGUCCUGCUAUCGAUCGCAAAGGAGAUCAUGCGCCGGUUGGAGCUGCACUAUCAGGAGCACCAACAGCACAACACACUGUACGGCGAGUGCCAGGAUUGGUUGGAUCGUAUGCGCGAAAAGCUGAACGAGUGCGAAACGGUACCACACACCAUCUCGGAAACGCAGUCGAAGCUGAACAUUGUGAAAGGUAUCCGCCAGUCGUUGGAGCAGGGUCAGAACAAGUUGCGGUACUUAAUAGAGCUGAAGGAAAAGAUUGUGCUGAGUACGGAGGCCAGUGGGGCAUCCAAGAUCGAGGAAGAUACGGAAAAUCUUAAGACGGAGUACGAAUCACUGAUGGUCGACAUAACCGAAACGCGCCAGCGGCUUACCAACCAUCUGGCGCAACUGGAAGACGUCGGGAAAUUGUCCCGCAUGCUGGCUGAGUGGAUCGAGGAGGUACAGGGCAAGCUGGACGCCGGACAGACGAUGCAAAGCGAACUGGCCGACAAGCGCGUGCUGCUAGAAAAGUACCGCGCUAUCCAUCGCGAGACGGGCAACUACAAUGAGGUGGUGGAGAAAAUGAAAGCCAAAAUGACCGACAAUGCCAACAUGAAUGUGGAAGAAUUCAAUAAAAUUCUAAGCGACUACGAUUCGAUCGUCUCGAAGGUGGCUGCCGAGGUCGAACGGCUUGAGAACCAGGUGAACAACCAUGAGCGCUUCAAGCAGGGAUUGGGCGAACUGUACGAGUGGAUGAAGGCGACCCGUCAGGCUAUACAGCAAUCGUCCGAUUUCCAUGGCGACAAGGAACACAUUGUGGGACGUAUCGAGAAGUUGAAAGAAAUCGAACUAUCGUUUGCCGAAGGCAAGGCAUUGCUCGACAAUGCCACCGAUUUGGGAGGCACGCUGGCCGCCAUCAGUGGACAGGAGGGACAAGACUCGAUCAAGCAGGAGUUGCUACACGCCCGGGCGGACUGGGACGAGUUGGAGGUACUGGCGAAGAGCUCCCAGCAGACGCUGAAUGAUUGUCUCACGUCCUGGGACAGCUUCUUGGACAAAUCCGAACAUCUUGGAGCUUUCCUCGAGGAGUACAACGUGAAAGUGAACGGAUACGGUGCCAGCGAAGGAACGGCAGAGCAGGCUUCAGUACUAAGUGAACUGAAGCACAUUCAGGAUUUGAUUCUGACCAAAAAGAGUACCGUGGAAGAGUUGAACGAUGUUUGCGAGGCACUGAUGGAGAAGAGUGCAUGCUCCACGGUUCGUGACCGUACGGUCGAUUUGCAGAAAAGCUACUCGACGUUGCUAGGCAAAGUUCAAGGAUUCAUCACGAAACUAGAGAAGAAUCUCGUAAGCCACACCGAGUUCCUCUACUACAAGGAAGAAAUAAACAAGUGGUUGAACGAUGCCAACGGCACAAUUAAGAACUGCACCGACGUAACAGCGGACGAUGUCCAAGUGAUCAAACAGAAAGUGGUGCAGCUGCAAGGUCUAUCCAACUCGAUCCCGCAAGGGCAGAAACUGUUCGAGAUGCUCCAGGAUGCGUUUACCAAGUCGUCGUAUCUUUACCCCGAAGACAAGCAAACUACUAUGUUCCAGGAUAUUUCGGAUAUUCGAGAGUCACUGGAUACGGUCGUUAUCGGCAUUAGCUCCUCGUUGAACAAUCUCAACGCUCAGGCGAGUCGCCUGGAGUCGUACGAAGAGCUGAAGCGACGCAUUAGUGAAUGGCUUGUCGCAACCGAGCGCGUAUUUGAAACGAUUCCGGAGACGCAUGGAGAAAUGACGGAGGUGAAAACUUUACUCGAGCGCCUGAAACACAUCCAAACAGAGAUCACGUUCAAGCAAUCGGAUCUGGACAAUUUGCAGCAGGAAGCGUCAAACUUAUUCGAUGUCAACAAGUGCUCGAUGGAAAUGGAACGGGUGGCCAGUUUGCGUUCGCGGUGUGGAAAGUUGAGUGAAAAAUGUUCCUACCACAUACGCAACCUGGAGACGGAGCUGGACGAUCAGAUUGCGUACUAUCAGAAUCUGCAGGAGAUCGAAAAGUGGCUGCUGCAGAUCUCGUUCCAACUGAUGGCCCACAAUUCGCUGUACAUCUACAACCGGGAGCAAACGCUCGAGCAGAUCGCUCAGCACGAGAAGCUUCUGGAUGAAAUUCAACGGUACCAGAUGAACAUCGACGAUUUCAAUGCGAAGGGACAGAGCCAAAUCGAACGGUACAUUCUGAAGGCACCGGCUAUCAAGAGCCGCAUUGAAACGCAGAUGAAUAACAUCCGCGACAGCUAUAAUUCGCUACUGAACACAUCGGUGCAGAUCAAGAAUCGGCUGCACGAUUCACUGAACAAGUUCCAGGAGUACGAGAAUACACUGGAUGAUAUUUCCAGGCAGCUGAACGAAAUGGAACCGCUGGUAGCCGAGGAGCGGCAGCUUGAGAUAGUCGAUUAUGCGGUUGGUCAGUCACAGCUGGAGAAAGCACAGAGCAUUCACAACAAGCUGCAGGUGGAAAAGAGUCGCCUUAUGUUUGCGGUACAGGCUUGUGAGGCUGCAACCGCAAGCAUUAGCCGACCGAGCUCACCGAUGGACAACGUGUCACAAAUGAUCCCCGAGAAAGAGCUCAUGGUGCGUGCUCGGUUGGAGGAUCUGAUUGACGACGUGCAGCAGUGGAUUGCCGAUCUGAUCGCUUCGAUUAACGACUGCGAGCGACAGCACAAGCAAAAGGUCGAGCUGGAAAACUGGAUCCAGAAGCAGAAGGCUAUGGUUGUCGAGUGGGGCUCGAAACCCUCCAAGUUCCGACCGGAGGCAGCGGAGCAGGAGCUGCGUUCAAUGAAUGAGCUUUCGCGUACGAUCACGAUGAAGCGCGACGAUGUGCAGGGUGAGACGGAUCAGGACAACCGACUGCGUGAUGAGCUCGAGACGUUGCAAGCCAGUCUGAAGAAGGUUAUCGAACGGAAAAAGGACGAUCAGUUGGCAAUCGAAAAGUAUCGCAAAAACUACGAGGAUGUGCAGUGCUGGCUGGACGCGAUAACCAACCAGAUCGAUAAUGUCGAGAAAGGGUGUGGAGUAAGCUGUCGGCAGAAGCUGGAAAAAAUCUCCAACAUCAAGCGCAUCCUGGAGGACGACUCGGAAAUGAUUCCGAACUUCAAGCGCAACGGUGGUCACAUCGUUGAGCUGGUGAGCAAUUUGGACGCACAGCAGGUAACCGAGCAGCUCAAGUCGAUCGAUCGCCGGUACAGCGACAUUGCGAAGCGAUUGAGCCGUCGUUUGGACGUGAUCGAUUCAACGAGCAAAAUGUUUGAAAAGCUCAAGGGUGACAUUGGCGAGUUGUCGCAGUGGGUGGUGGAAAAGAACGGCUCGCUAGAUGUUCCUUACCAGCUCGGGUCCGACACGAAGUCGGCAGAAAAUCAACAGCAAAUGUUCAAGUCGCUGUUGAAGGAAAUCGAAGGCAAGCAAUCGUACCUGGACACACUUGGUAAACGAUUCUCGAGCAUUCAGUCGGAUCUGGAGGCCAACGAGAAACAGCAGCUUGAGGGCGAAAUGGAGCAGCUGAUGAAGAGCAUUGCUCAGCUCGGAGAUCGUGUGCGGGGCGAACUGGACAAGAUCGUGGAGGACAUACUGUGCCGUAAGAACAUGCAUAACAACCUCGAUGUGACGCGCGCGUGGAUCAAGACUAAGCAGAACGAUGUGAACAAAAUCUCCGACCAGAUACCGCUGCUCUCGAACAACGUGAACUCGGAGAUUAAGCUGUGCCGGCGCCAUGCUCAAACGAUCCGGGAGUUUGAGGAAAAUGCCUUCAGGGACGUAUCGAAGCAGGUACGCGAAAUUAUGAAGGACUGCAACGACGAAGGUAAGGCAAAGCUGGCUCAGGAAUUUGGCGACAUUGAGGCCAAAUUAAGGGAGCUGGUGGAGAGCUGCUCCCGGAAGAUUGAGUUCAUGGAGAGCGAGCACGGCAAGCGGCGUGAGUUUGAGGAGCGCAAGGAUCGUGUGUGGAACUGGCUGAACGAGGCAGAAUCGAUCGUGUCGGCGGACAUUCGUACCACGAGCUACGAGAUACUGAAGGAUCAAAAGCAGAAGAUCGACAAACUGUGCGGUGAGUGCGAAGCGAUGAAGAGUGUUGUGAAAGAGGCCGAAGAUUACAAGAGUGCGAUCGUGCUUACACUGAACGAGCUGGACAAGACCAACAUAAACAAUCAGGUGAAAGUGAUGCGCGAAAAGUGGAACGUCGUUAACAGUGUGCUGAAAGUGAAGUGUAAGAAGCUGGAGGAUCACAUUGGAGAGUACGAGGACGCGAUCGCGAAGAUCGAAGGCUGCGCAGCGUUCAUCGCGCGGGUCCAAGGUCAGCUGAGGGAAAUGAAUCGCCCGGUGACGAGCAAGAUUGAAAACAUACAAGACUUCCUGCUGGCGUAUGAGCAGAUUCUUGGCAGUUUGAAGGACAAGCGGCUUGAGAUGAGUACGAUUAUGUUGACGAAUUUGCCGCAGCUGCGUGAAAACACGACAAAGUUGGAGGAAAUGAUCAUGAGCAUUGAGGAGCAGCUUCGACGCCUGAAAGCAAUGCUGCAGUUGAAGGAACAGUUUAUCGGGGCCAUCAACGACAUUGUGAAACUGAUCGCGAAGAUCAACUCCGAUUUCAACACGGUGGACAACUUCUGCCCCACGGUUGACGAGCGUCUGCUGCGCUACGGUGCAAUCUUGCAGAGCAUCGAAGAGUGCGAAGGAUUGCUGCUGGCGGCCACCGAUAAGGGCCAUCAGAUUGCUAGCGAAGGUACGGAUCUAGAUCGACACAACAUCCUCGAUCAGAUUCACUCGCUGCAGCAGCAGCUACAGUCCAUUAAGCGUUCAAUCGAGCUGGAGCAGGAUAAGUACCAGAAGCAACGAGCGUACCACAAAAACCUUUCGAAUGAUCUAUUUGCGUUGGUCGACUGGUUUAAGGACAACGAGGAGCAGAUCAAAUCGCGGCCAUUAUUCGGAUUGGCUGUAAAAGUGGCAGAUCAACAGCAGAGCGCUCACGUUGCGUUGGCUGGCAAAGCAAACAUCAAUUUGCGGAUGAUCGAGGAUCUACUCGGAAAGCUAAAGCACAGCGAUAGCAAGCUGCCGGACGAUCUGCAGGAUAUGGUCGAUCGAGCAAGAAGUCUCCAAGAAACAGUACCACCGGAGCUGACGGCAAGAGAAGCCUAUCUUGCGCAGAACCGGAUCUAUAGGUUGGAGUUCCGCCAUAGCAUCGAGCGCGUACAGAAAUGGCUUACCACAGCCGAAGAACGCUUCCAGAAGGCGAAAACAUUCAGCUUCGAUCAGGAGAAAAUUACCGUGGCUCUGAAAGAGCUGGAAGAUUUCCUCCAAGAGGAAGCGGAAAUGCGCCAGCUGCUGUUCAGCGCCAUCCAGGAGCAAGCGGAUCGGCUGUGGAAUUCAUUGAGUGAGCCGGACCAGAAUCAGUGCCUGGGUGAGCUGCAAGUGCUGAAGAAUCGGUUGAGUGAAGUGUCGCACCGGGCCGCUAUCCAGCAGACGGAACUGCUGUCGAACAGUGACUUGGUGAAAUUGUACAAAAAACAUCUCGGUGCAGUGAACAACGUGCUGGUGAAGAGUAAGCUAGAUGAUACUAUGCUGACUAUCCCGACGCUUCCGGCUCGUAUUGAUCACAUCAACAUCCUGUAUAAUAUGCUACAGGUACAGCAAAACGAGCUCGAAGUUCUGAACGAACUAUCGCAAAAGAUAGUGGAACGUGCGGAUCAGUACAAUCGAGACCGGGUGCAGAAGGAAAACGCCGACGUCAACCGUCAGUGGACCGGCAACUCCACUUUGCUGGACAACUUGCGCGAAAACCUUGUUCAGCUGCAGCAGCAGUGGGAUCAGCUAGAGAGCAUCCUGCAGGAGCUGGAGGUGAAGUCGAACCUGCUGCUGGAGAAGGACCGCGGCUUGGAUUUGGUGGUGCAUUCGCGCGAUCAAACCGAGGCGAAAAAGCACAUUGUAGAGAACUUGCUGGAAGACAAGUCCGCUCUCGGGCAGCUCAACACGAAAGCGAACGCGCUCGCGAAGACGUUAAUCAAGGCUUUACGCGAACAGAAGCUGUUGCCCCAAUCGCUGGAGGAGAAACUGACGCACCUGAACGACAUUAAUACACGACUUUCGGAUAACCUGUCCACGAAGGAACGCCAGCUGCGGGAGAUUUUGAGCGAGCUGCAGCAUUAUCUGGGCGCAAUCGGAGAGCUAGCGCAGCGCAUCGAGUCGGUGCGAAAGGAUCUGACGCAGAUAAACCCGUUCGACGAGCGCCUCUACCGGACGGAACGGGCCCUCGAAGCCGUGAAGGAGGCGGCCGAGCACUGUAGCGUACAGCGGGAGGAUCUUCGGCGACAGAUCAACGAGAAGUACCUGCCGGUGCAGAAGUUCGUUCCGGCGGAUCUGAAGGAGGGACUUGAGCUGCUCGAUCGCUCGCUAACGGGAAUACAGAGCACGAUGGAGGAUUAUCAGAACGCAUACAAGAAGGCCAAGACCAUUCGCACGGACUACUUCACCGUGUACGAUCGCAUCAAGACGUGGAUCGAGAACGCGGAGUUGACCGUUUCGAACCACGGCAUCGAUCCGAGCGAGCUGAAGAGCAAGCUGGUGGCGCUGAUCAACGAGUUUGGCGACAUUCGUAUGGCACACGAGCAGCUCCUGUUCAAUGGCAACGAAAUCAUUCGCCACUGCACGGAAAGCAACGAUCGCGUGGCGACCAAGGCCAACAUGGACCAGAUCGCGCACGAGCUGGAGAAGACGAUCGUGCUGAUCGAGCAGAAGAACCAGACGGUCGAUCAGAUCCUGGGCAACUGGGCCAACUUCAUGCGGCUCUACCAGUCCGUCGUAGACUGGUCGAUAAAAAUACGCGCCCUGUUGGAGCGCAAGCUGCAACUCAACACGCUGCACGAGGCACAACUCGCCUGCCAGAAUUACUCUAAUGCAGUUUCUAGUCUUGUUGAAGUAUCACAGAAUUUAAGCGAAAUGAAUCACGAGUUCGACAAAAUUAACGACGUUUGCUCGACGGCGUAUCUGAAGGGCAAACUGCACGAAGCCGAAACGUUGAAAAUCGACAUCGAAACAGUGUUAUUUGAAAGGAAUCUUUUCCUUCACGAAACGACGGAGGAAUGGCAGCAGUACGAGCGGAAGAUCGAGAGUGUUAAGGAAUGGAUAAAGGAAUCUUAUCAGGCCUUGAACUCGAGCGAGCUGAAGAGCAAACCGUUGCGCGAUCAGCUUCGAAUUUCGGAGCAGAUGCUGGCGGAUAUCUCGGCUCAAAAGAUCAAGGUCAACAUGUCGCUCGAGAAGCUGCAGGUCCAUUUCCACUCGGAUAUCAUCUACACCGAUAACCCGAACAUCGUGCAGAGUGGCCGGGCCGUAGUAAGCGAUCUGGACAAGCUGAAUAUGGACGUGUUCCAGACGACGCAGAAUCUCGCCCAGGCCCUGACGCAGAUCGAGGGCUGUCAGGUGGAAAUGCAAGCGAUCCGGCAACGGAUCGUGCACGAAGAACAGCAGCUCCGGAACAUCUUAUCGCCUUUGCAUCAGUCGAGCGAUAGUGAAAAGCACGAACAGGACCGUUUGAUGCCGUUUGAUUGGAGCGAAAGUUGUUGCGAGCAGGAUGAACAAUCGUCGUCAUCAUCGCCGUUGCAACCCCGCAUGGUGCAGCCCAAGCGCCAUACCGACACCCACGCAUCGGCACCGGAAGUCCCGACCGGAGUUCUCCACUCGACGGAAGAUUUCGGUAGGGUGGUUGCAGUGAGGAACAUUACUACCACCACCAUGGCUCAACCUCAUUCCUCCGUGUGGGGUGUGAGGGAUGGUGAUGAUCUGACGUACGCGGAAAUAGUGGCUGGGCUCCGGCGCGAACGGCAGCGUGAGCGUGGCCAAAUGCGGUACCAAAUCGAAAGCAAUGCUGGCGGAAAGGAUAAUGUAACGAAGAUAUCCAUUUCGUCGCCGGUGCAAAGUGUCCCAGUGACAGUGCCAUCGCCACCAUCACCAGCACCACCGACUCCGCUUUCCGAUGAGCCCUCCUCGGAUCAACUUCAUGCAGCUCGAACCGUUGUGCAUCUCUCUCAUCAUCGCAAACCAAUCGCGCAAGAAACUUUCUCUAGCGAAACUACGGAACCGAAGGAACCUCGAGGUUCACGUAGACCAGGCCCGUCCAAGAAAUCUCCCAAACUACCGAUCCGUCAUCCGGUCGAUGCUACCGACUCAUCGUACUCCAGCACAAGCUCUGCUAAUGUAACUACGAUAAUCGGAACUUCAUCCAGCCAACCAGUGGUGGUUAUGUCCACAAUGGCUGCACCGCAAAUGGCCGCACCAGAAGUUACUGUUACGACACACUCCCCCGCAGUAUCGGUGUGGUCAUUCGGAAAUAAGACCUACGCAGAAGUUUUGAAAGACAUUGCAGCCGCCAACCAAUACCGUAUCCAACAACAACAGCAGCAACAACAGCAACAGUUCCAACAACAGUCUUGGCACGAGACCUUCUCGAGUGAACAGCAUGCUCCAGUUUCUCAGCAGACGACGACUCGGCUUGGUGUACCGCAAAAGUCUUCCGGUCGCUCCCGCUCGAAUUCACGCAAUCGCACUCAGCAUCGAGCGCCCAUUGAAGGUGCUUCGCGAGUAAAUAUUGUAUCUAGUCAACCUCAGCAGCAGCAGCAGCCUGUUCUUCCUCCCAAACCCCAAAGGAAAGUGAUCGCGUUAAAGAAUGAUCAUCCGACACAGCCACCAAGAAUUGAAGUAUCACGAGUCACGCUCCCCGUUACUGCGAAAGAACCUGUGGAAGCUUCCGGCACUGCGUCCGUCACCCGAUCCGAACCUAUUGCAUCCGAACAGAGUGAUCAAUCCGAAAACACCAUCUAUAAGAAGGCGAAGAAAAGCAAAAUCAAACCGAAGCAUAUCGGUGAAGACGGCAAGCAGAAGUUCGAGCAGCAGCCAAUGUUUGUGACGGCGAUCAAAGUGAACAAAUCCGAAACACCGGUGGUCCGUAAAUCGGAGAGCCCUAUGAGAACGGUCAGCGUGGUGAAAUUGAACGAACAGCCAGAGUUGGUCGCGAGUGCCGAAACGAAGAUAACGAUCAACGUGAAUGAAGCACGUGCGCCGGGUCAGGUCACGGAGCAGGUUACGACGGAAGUGGAUGCCCACGGGCAGAAGGAACAUUACGUAACGCAGAUUACGCUUGAGCAGAAGGAGCAAGGUCAGUGUCGUCAACAAAUUCGCAAAAGUGCCAAAAAGAAGAGCAAAACUACCACCACGCAUAGACUGUUGAAUAUUAGUGCAAGUGAACCGGUGACGGUGAGCGAACAGCAGGAACAACCGAGCAACGUUUCCACGGUAGAAGUUUUGUCUCCGAAAGCGAAAACGGUAUCCGUCGUCGAUUUGCGACCAUCGAACGAACCACUGACAGUGACCGCUAUUGAGUUGACGGGUAAUGUUGGCGAUGGAGUGGAAAGCUUGAAUGAGUAUAGUAAGCAUAUAGAAAUGCAGCUUGGUGAACAGAUUGCUACGAAUAAUCCACCAGCACCGUCAGAUGCAACAACGAGUAUCGCUGAAGAUAAAGCUCCUCAAGAACCGGAAGUGGUGUUGGAGGAAAGCAUCAUUCAUAUAACUGGUCCAGUUAUGAAAGUAAACGAGACGGUGGAAAACGUAUCUGAAACCUACGAGACUGUCCGGAGAACCGAAACCGUAACCUUCCAUCGUUCGGAGGUGUCGAUUGUCACAACUGAGUUUGUGCAGGAACGGAUGGAUAUCAAAAAUAGCACAAUCACCGAGUCCCCAACGGAGUGUUUCACCACGUCAGUUUAUCUGGGAGGCACUUUGAAAGACCAAACUAGCCUGGAAAAGUCUGCAGAACCAGUUGGCGAAUCGAAACCAUCAAAAGAAGCUACCAAAUCGAAGGAACAGGAACCGUGGUGUCCUCCUGGGAAGAAAAAGAGUAAAAAGAAACAAACAAAAAAACAAGAUAAAGGACGCCAAGAUGAACAAAAACCGCUUGAAAUCGAAGUAAUUAGCAGUGGCGGGUCAACUCCGAUUUUAAAAGCAAAGAGCUUUUUUGUUCCGGAAGAAGAAACCUCAGUUGCUCCGGUUGAUCCUUCGCCUGAAGAAAUAGUUCUCAUGACGGCGAGAGAAGAAUCGUUCUUGGCCGAAAUGAUUGAAUCAACCCAGAUCGUGCAAGAAGUGCAGCAGGAUGUUGUUCCGGAAGAAAAUAUGGUAGCUGCUCCGGUUGACCCUUCGCCAGAAGAAGUAGUUCUGAUGACGGCGAGAGAAGAAUCGUUCUUGGACGAAAUGAGUGAAUCAAACACGAUCGUGAAAGAGGAGCAACAUGAAGUUGUUCCGGAAGAAAAGACUGCAGUUGCUCCGGUUGAACCUACGUCUGAAGAAAUAAUUCUGAUGACGGCGAGAGAAGAAUCGUUCUUGGCUGAAAUGAGUGAAUCAAACAUGAAACAAGAGCACCAGGAAGUUGUUCCGGAAGGAAAGACGGUAGCUGCUCUGGUAGAACCUUCGCCAGAAGAAAUAAUUCUAAUGGCGGCGAGAGAAGAAUCAUUUUUGGCCGAAAUGAGUGAAUCAACUCAGAUCGUGAAAGAAGAGCACCAGGAAGUUGUUCCGCAAGAACAUAAGGUAGCUGCUCCGGUUGUACCAUCGCCAGAAGAAGUAGUUCUGAUGACGGCGAGAGAAGAAUCGUUCUUGGCCGAAAUGAGUGAAUCAAACACGACCGUGAAAGAAGAGCAACAUGAAGUUGUUCCGGAAGAAAAGACAGCAGUUGCUCCGGUUGAACCUACGCCUGAAGAAAUAAUCCUUAUGGCAGCAAGAGAAGAAUCGUUCUUGGCCGAAAUGAGUGAAUCAAACACGAUCGUGAAAGAAGCGCACCAGGAAGUUGUUCCGAAAGAAACGACGGUAGCUGCACCGGUUGAACCUUCGCCAGAAGAAAUAAUUCUGAUGACAACGAGAGAAGAAUCGUUCUUGGCUGAAAUGGGUGAAUCAAAUACGAUCGUGAAAGAUCAUCAGGAAGUUGUUCCGGAAGAAACGACGGUAGUUGUUCCGGUUGAACCUUCGCCAGAAGAAAUAAUUCUGAUGGCAGCGAGAGAAGAAUCGUUCUUGGCCGAAAUGAGUGAAUCAAAUACGAUCGUGAAAGAUCACCAGGAAGUUGUUCCGGAAGAAACGACGGUAGCUGCUCCGGUUGAACCUUCGCCUGAAGAAAUAAUCCUUAUGGCAGCAAGAGAAGAAUCAUUUUUGGCCGAAAUGAGUGAAUCAAAUACGAUCGUGAAAGAUCACCAGGAAGUUGUUCCGGAAGAAACGACGGUUGUUGUUCCGGUUGAACCUUCGCCAGAAGAAAUAAUUCUUAUGGCAGCGAGAGAAGAAUCGUUCUUGGCCGAAAUGAGUGAUUCAAACAUGAUCGUAAAAGAAGCGCCCCAGGAAGUUGUUCCGGAAGGAAAGACUGUAGUUGUUCCGGUUGAACCUUCGCCAGAAGAAAUAAUUCUUAUGGCAGCAAGAGAAGAAUCAUUUUUGGCUGAAAUUAGUGUUCCAACGCCGAUUGUAAAGCAAGAAGAAAUGGAAGUUACAGACGAAUCAAAAACAAGUGGAGCUGCUGUCGGUCCUUCGAUUGAGGAAAGCGUUAUUAGUUCCCAAAGUUUAGUAACACCCAAAACGACGAAAAAUGCUGAUCCUGUUAUACAUAGCACAGGUAAAAGCCCGAAGAAGAAACCCAAAGAUAAAUACAAAAAAAUAAAGAAAUCCGAUGCGGCAAGCAUGGCAGCUUUCCUCGAGGCUGAGCGGAAGGUUUUCGAGGCUGAAGAAGCGGCUCAAGAACAGCAGGCAGUUACUUCCAAACCACGUGAUCAAACAUCGCCUGGGCAGAGUGUCAUUACAAAGGAGCAAAUUGAGACCAUAAUCGUGGGCAUUAAUUUCGACCGACAAAAGUCUCUGACGGUUGGAACGGCUUCCGAUGCAGACAACAGCGCAAACACGGUCGAGCAAGUGGAGCAAACCUUUGUCGUAAAUCUUCCCGAAAGUCCGGCAAAGAGUACGAACGAGUUCCGUAGCAAUUUGGUGUUUGAGGACUACGAUUUCGUACCAAAUUCGCCGGAGAAACGAUCACUAGCGACGGAGAAAACGACGGAAACAAAGAUGAUCCGUACAUCGGAUGGCAAAUUUAAGCCCACACUUGAAAGCAUUCCUUCGGAUGCGGAUCUACUUGGUACGGCUGGAUCGGGAAAGGAAACCCAAUCAGCUACUCCAACCAAUACGGCAGAUCAAGCUACUACAACGACCACAACUCAGGUCACAGUACAGUCUUCGGGUGAAGGGCAUGAAAACAUCGAUGUUGGCAAAGAAGACAAUGAUCCUGUGCAGCAAAUACUGAUCAAUGCCAAAUGGCGCGAUAACCGGCAGAAGAUCUCAAUGAUAACGCAUGAAGAAGUGCUUCUGCAACCCGUUUCGCACAUUCGGAUGCAACUGCCGAGAAUAGUGGCUGAGAAGAGAGAACUACCCCGUCAGGAUCCGGUGAUUGACGUGGUUGAGCCACUGGAGACGAUCGUGCUGGAAACACAAACGGAAGAGUUUUCCGGGUUGACAGAAAUGCCCACCCCGGACCAUAAGGAGCAGGGUCAGAUAGCGACGGAAGUAUCAAUGCUGGAUAUUUCUCCGUCGUUGGUCUAUGAAACGCAAUCGGUGGAUGUGUUGGAAAAGGAAGCUUCACUGCGGGAGUUUGUUGAUGAUUCUUGUGAAAAGGGAGUGGCCACGGAGGCGCAUCACUCCGAGGAGAAUGUUGGUUCGGUCGCAAUCGUCUCCGUUGAAGACACGUUGCAGUCUUCAUCGUCGUCGCAUGAGGUCUUCACUACGACCACUACCUCCGUGAUGUAUAGAACCACUACCAUCACGUAUGUGGAAACGAACGAACAGGACGAGAUCAAUGAGUUUUACACCAGUCCGACAGUUUCGGAGCAGAGGAUUAUCAGUGUGAUGGACGAAAAGGAGCAAUCCAUUUUGGAUAGUUCGAUUUACUCUGAAGCUGAUCGCAGCAUGGGCGACGAACCCGUGGAAGUGAGACAAGCGGUCGCUCUGGCGCAAACGAUUGACGAAGAGCGAGACGUUACCCUCCAAAGUUCAUCACUGUUGGAGGAGUUUGUGCAAAACCAAACGAUAGCAGAGCAUAACGUCUUGGAUAUUUCGUCGUACUCGGAGGCGGAUCGUAGUUUGGGAGAAGUUUUCGUUGAAGUGCGCGAACCGGUUGCUUCGGAAGGUGACGAAGAACAAGCCGUCCGGGCCAUGUGCGAGGAAUCUUUCAAAUCGGAGCAGCUACCCUGCACAGCACCAACGGUCGAGUUGGUGGAGAAAGUGGAUGAGGGAGUACAAGCAACUACGGAGCAAACGGAACCAGUGACUGUUGUUCAAGAAUCGAUUGCUUUGGUACCAGAUCAACGUGAAGAUCAAGCACCGGAAGUGUCAAUUCCAUUGGCUUGCAGUGAUUCAAAGGAGCAGGCGAAUGCUCGUGCACCACAUGGCACGGCUUUGGUUGAAACGGUGUCGAUGAGUCCGCUUGAGAGAGAAAACAUUUCACCAUUCAACUAUUGGCAGUAUCACGAUGCAGAAAAGCAUUACAUUCAGCACAUGUUUGUCCCAUCGGUUUCCACUGGCGGGGAAAAGAUAUUAGCUGACGAGGUUGCAGAACAAGAAGAAGUGGUGUAUGCAACGGAUUUGAUCGAUACGGGUGAUAAGGAACUUUCCGUGAAUAUUGCUGGAGAAGUUAAGAGCGAAUCUGUUGAAGAUAGGGAAGAAGACAGUACAGUGGCAAAUGAUAGGAGUGAGCAGGAGCUAGCAGAAAUCUAUCGCACCUUGCAGCAAUCUUACCUUAGCACGUGGCAACUACGUGACGCCGAAAACAAUUACGAACAGUUGCAUGUUCAGCAGCUAGCUAGUGCUGAGGAUUCCGUUAUCCUCGAAACUGAAGCUGUUUCCGACUCGGUCCCAACGAAUCUAACGAUUGAAGGAGCAAAUGCUGAAGAGUCACGCACUUUGUACGUCAAAGACAGUGCGAAUGAUGUUGUUGCCGUUUCAUCAUCGCCUGUGGGUGGUAUCGAUUCCGAAGAGACUCUUUUGGAGUCCAGAAGAGACGAAUCAAUUGAAGCGGACACAAGGUUGCAAGUUAUGAAUAGUUUGGCAAGCUCGUUGGGUAAUUACUGGCAGUUGAAGGAAGCCGAAGUAAACUUGGCUAAAUUGAACGCAAAACCUUUGGUGGUAGAUGUCUCGGAGACUGCCGGUAUAGUUGUUGAGGAUGUCCAAGAUACACUACCAUCGCAAACUGAGCAGGUUACUGCUAGUCCAUCAGAGCCUUCAGCUGCAGAAAAAGUUUCUCAAGUCGAUCCGGAAGAGGCUGUUUUGGAAACGAGAAGAAACGAAUCACUCGAAGUAGAUAUGAGGCUGCAAGUUAUGAAAAGUUUGGCUAGCGCGUUUGGAAAUUACUGGCAGUUGAAGGAAGCCGAAGUAAACUUGGCUAAACUGAAAGCCAAACCUUUGGUGGUAGAUGUCUCGGAGACUUCCAAUACAGUUGUUGGGAAUGUCCAAGAUACGCUACCAUCGCGAACUGAACAGGUUACUGCUACUUCAUCAGAGCCUUCAAGUACAGAAACGUUUUCUGAAGUCGAUCAGGAAGAGGCUGUUUUGGUAGCCAUAAGAGACGAAUCAUUCGAGGCGAAUCAGCGUAAUGACAAUGCGGUCGAUGUCCUACAACCUCCUCAAUCGGAAACACAAUUCGUUCCAAUUGAUUGUUCAGUCGCAGAAAAUGUUACUCAAGAUGAUGUGCCCACCUUCACGAAAUCUCUUGAUGACGGUCCAAAGGAAAAUGCGUUCUUGUACCAAACAGUGCCUUGCUACAAUGCUAGUCAGUUACACGACGGAGAAUAUAAAUACGUAAUGCUCAAACAAAUUCAAACUUUGCAUGUUGAAGAGCUCGAAAUCCCUCAGAUGUCGGUGGUCGACGAUAAACUUCCUUCAGACAGUGAUAAUGUUUGUGUCGCCGACCAAGCAAUUUCGGCGACCGAAAUGUUGGCCACAGGAUCAAAUGAAGAGCAAACACUUUUGCAGGAAUCGUUCAUUUCAAAGUCAGAGCAAGAAGUUUCGACUCCUAUCAUUGGGGAGGAUAUUGCAUGCACUGACUCAAGCGCAGCAUUAGACUCAAAAGUGCAGCCCGAAGAAGGAAUGGAUAGCGAAGAACUAGAAUUGAUGCUGCGUUCAAAUAUGUCCAGGACGGAAUGUUUAGAAAUAACAUCCUCAGAGUUGUUAGAAACACAUGAGCUAGACGAUGAUCCCAUCGAAUCAGUUGAUGGUACAUUUUCCGUUUCAGAACAAACAUUAAAUUUGAAAGAAGUUAAACCACACUUGCCCAGUGAUUCAACCAAGGAAAGUGAUGAAUUUAUAGAUCAAACUGAUAACAAUAGUCAAUCAGUUCUCGUUGAGGCAAUGGAAACCAGUCCAACAUUUGAAAAUGUAGAUCAAACUGAUAGCAAUAGUCAAUCAGUUCCCGUUCAAGAAACAGAAACCAGUCCAACAGUUACCUCGAUUGAAGGGGAAUCGGAAGAAAUCGUAAAAAGUACCGAUACUCAAAUCGUUGAAAUUCCUCAACCACUUCGUGUUGAUGGUAGUUCCACCGUUAUUGCCUUGCAGGAGGUGAAACACUUGAAUAUUUUACAGCCAGAACAUGUUGCAGAAAAUGUCGCUACAGAAUAUUUCGAUGAUUCUCAACUACUUAUGGCUGAAGAAAAGGAAGCAACUUCGACAGUAGUUAACGCUAUGGAGGUGGUCGAACAGUUGGAUAUUACGCAGCAAUCCGAAGUACUGCAACAAUUUGUUAUACAAGUAGCAGUUGCCGAGAAUGAACCUCCACGCGAUGAUGCACCAUUGUCGAACCAGAUGGUUUCGGAGGAAGUUGUGAGUCAAACACAAUUUGAGGACGACGACGACGACGACGAGGAACGGGUUUUGAGUCAAAUGCGUGAUGAAUCUAUCAGUAGUAUCGAUGCAUCAGCUUCCGAGCAGCUCAGCUUUAGCAUGGCGUCUGUUAGUAGCAAGCCCGAAAUAUCUAUUAUAAAUCUUCCUCUUGAAAAGGAAACUAAUCGUGACGACAUAGAGCUGAUGGUUUCCAGCAUAGAGUCGAAUGAGGGCAUUUUGGAAUCAUCGGACAAUGCCGAUCAGGACAAAGGGGAAGUGGUUGUUGAAGGAAAACUUCUCGUUCAGGUUAACAUACCACGUAAGGACGUUGCGGAGAAAGCUACCACAUCGGUUGAUCCAAAAGAACGAAAAGAAAAACGCAAAAAGGAAAAGAAGGACGCAAAAAAAUUGAAGCAAACUAGCAAAGAACCCAUUGCUGCUGCUCCGUCCAAACCAGUUGUUCGACCCAUCGUGGAGAAACUGAAGGAAGACGUAACACCACCACCAACCGUGAAUGUGUGGGAAGCAAUGAAGGGUCAAAAAACCUAUGCUGAGGUCGUGGCGGGUCAUGAAGCGGAACGAAGAAGACUUUUGCAGAUGAAGAUGGUAGGAAAUGCUUCUGUAUCUCAGGAACAAAAGGAGGAAGACGUCGCUCCAAAGGUUUCCAUUGCAGAACAAAUAAUGUCCCGUAAUGAAAGCUUUGUUGAGGUUGAAUUGGGUGAUGAAUCUGAUUUGCAGACUUUCAUUGAAAGUAACAAGAGUUACGAAAAAUUAGGUCAGGCCAGCAUUUCUUGGGCAGACAUGGUGGACGAUGAUGAAGCUAGCUACUCAUCGGCUGCUUAUGGUAAGGAAGAUACUCCAGUAGAAAUGGCAUUGCCGAAGAAAGAUAUUGUUUCUGAAGACCCCGAACCAGGAAUAAUUCCAAUGAGUUCUUCUAUCACACAAGAAACAUUGAUUCAGCCCAGCAUAUCCUGGGCAGACAUGGUGGACGAUGAUGUGUCUGCAAGCUCAUUAGAAGCAGAUGGCAAAGGAUAUGUACCUGAGCAAACGAGUUCCUCGGAUGUAGAUGUUGCUCCACCUGAGCAAAUAAAAGAAAUGGAUCCAACGAGUUCCUCCACUAAACAAGACGAUAACGCUAAACAGUUGUAUUGGGAAAAGAAACAAAAGAAAAGACAAAAGAAGGGUGCACCAGUUGUUGCUACUGCGGUAGGAAAAGAAUAUGAGGAAGAUACAGUUGCAAAAUCAACUUCUGUCGAAGAAGUCCCAUCGAGAGAACCGAACGUUUGGCAGACGGGGCCACUGUAUGCGGAAGUUGUUGCUCAAAAUUUACAAAAAGAACGCGAAGCUAGAAAGAUUGCUUCAGAACAAGGUACUAGUCUCCCAAUCGCUAUUGACCCCAAAGAGGAAAUAUUGGAAAACAUUGAAUCGGUUCAUCUUGAGAACGUGGUACCACAAGAAGAGCCUUCCAAUUUGUUGGAUGUCCAAGAUGCUGCUCCAAUGGAUGAAGCAAAUGAAGCGAAACAUAAGCCUGCAUCGAAGCAGAAAAAACGUAAAACGACUCAAAAGAAGGAAUCGUUGGUUGAGAUAGAGACCGAUUCGGCUGCUCCUGAACCAACAGAACCUUCCGAGCUAAAUUUGGGCAAGGCACGAUCGGAAGAAAAGGAUUCCUCUGAUCCUUUACAAGAGAGUGUUAUAUCCAGGGCUGAGGAGUUAAGAACAAGUCAAGUUGUUAUAGCAUCCAGAUCGUUGGAGGGAGGCAGUGGACGAAAGCUCAAUUUGUCACGUUUUCUUGAGAAACGCGAAACAGACCAGGAUGAUGUUCAACCUGUCGUUCAACGUGAUCGUAGCACAAUAGAACGCGAAGAGCAAGAAGCUGAGGCAGGAAGUGGCCCUGAUGCGUCUAAGGCGUCUUCUACGAUGGUGAAAGCUAAGAAAAAAUCUAAAAAGUCGCGUAAUCUACAAGAAGAUGUCGAGGGCGCAAAUAUUGAUAGCACAAUAUGUUCUGCUACUGAAGAUAAUCAAAAGGAUCUACCCGAUGAUGGUAAAGCGAGCACAGUGUUGGUAGAGAUGGAAGAAGAUUCGCAGACACAAGACGCUGACCCAUCGUCCAAGGGCAGAAAACAGAAAAAGAAGAAAAAGAAAUCUCUUAAACAGUCCCCCAGUAACGAUUCACCGGAUGGAGAUGAAGAAAUUCAAACCUCACCAACCCAAGUUGGUGGAGUUCCUUUAUCUGAGUCUCCGAAGGAAAUAGCGCACCUUCACGAACACGAACAAGUGACAAGAGAAGAAGCUCUUGAUACUGAUGCAGGAGAUGAUGUGGAAUCGCCUUCAGAUGUUGAAAAACACGUGAAAUUUUCCAGGGAAGUCGAAAUUCUAAAGGAAGUGCCUCUCUCCGAGUCACCAAAAGAAAUUGUGCAUCUUAUUGAACAUCAUGCACAUAAGACCAAGGUGGAACCAUUGUCGCAUGUCGUUGUAGAAGAUUCUCAUCGUCAUGUUCAAUUUGUUGACGAAAGGUUGAUUUCACCAACUGUGCCGUUCUCUGAAUCGGCUAAAGAGACCGAGCGACUUCUUGCGGAAAACGAAUCGACAGAAGGUCCGACGAUCAUCAGUGAUCGGAAAAAGUGUCCAGAAAGCACACCUACAUCUAGUAGUUCAACUACUGCCGAGUGCGAAGAAGAUAAGCGUGUUAAGUUUGAUCCGCUGGUAGAGGUCUUGCAGGAUGUCCCAUUCUCGGAAUCCGCGACCGAGAUUGAUCGUUUGGGUGCCGUUUCUGGUCUUCACGUGGAGAGUGAAGAUAAAUUCGCCACUGAGGUAGUAGAACUAGUAGGUAGUCCAAGCCAGAUGGACGUCGAAGACAACAAGCGGGUAAAGUUUUAUCCUCAGGUUGAGGUGUUACAGAAUGUACCAUUCUCGGAAUCCGUGAAAGAAACCGAACGAAUUGGUGAUGGAAAGGCCACUGCUGGGCGGGACGCGGCGGAAACUCCCGAGAUUGAAAGUCCAGCAGUCGUAAGGCAAGAAGAAAGACGUGUUUCUUUCUCGUCAACAGUGACCAAAAUUGUGUUGGAACAGGAAAACCUUGACAUUGAAGAUGAUUUUGAAGUAAUUGACAUGGCAGAAGUGGAGCAAGUGUAUGCAGCAGGAACUGCUGUUGCAAGCGAGGAGGAAGAAUCGGGACUAAUCUUGUCAAAUGUCGAUGUAGAUGCCUCCGAUAAAACAGUGAAGAACACAAUGGAUAAGAAAAAGAAAGAAGAAGAUCUAGAAAAGGAACUAGCAAAGCAGCACUACUGGGAAAUGAAAGCAUUGAAAAAACAGAAAACAGCAAAUCCAAACUCCAGCUCACAAUCUACCGCGAAUGUUGUUGCCGUGGAAAGUGUAACACCUUCCGAGAGCAUGCCGUUGACUCCAUCUGAUCCUGAACAGGAUCGUUCAGCGCCGGGUUUACUGUAUUCGGAAGUAGUUGCCCAGAACGCUAGGAACGAUCAGGUGGGGCUACUUAAGGCGCAGGUAACGGAGUGUGAUACCCAAAUAAUGAUAACGGAAAAUUAUUCAGUUAUUCAAGAGAUUUCUACUUCGAGCCAACCGCCAAGUGAAAUCGAGGUCGAUCAAACCGUGCAAGCGGAAAUGACGGUUCAAACGCAGCACGAUGCAGAUGUUCUUUCUCCGACCGUUACAGUCUUGGACGUUCUAUCUGAAGAAAGCAAACUUCCAAACCAACAAUCAAGAUCAGGCGAUAGUCCGGUUGAUGAGGUUGCGGUCACGACUGUGGAUGUUUCCCAAACGCUAGAUAAUGGGGAUAAACUUGAAAGUGUGAUCGAGCCUGUCCCGGACAGGUUAGAACCAGUAACUGAUUUGGACAUUCAGUCUGAGGACACGCUCCUUUCGGAACUUUGUAAAGAGUCUUUCGCUCGCGAAAAGAGUGUGGUCGAUGAAGCAGAAGCGGAAAUUGGCGCUAUCCAAUCAACAGAUGAUGGUAAGACGCUUCAAGGUGCGAUCGAAGCUGUAGCUCAUUUGGACGUUCAGUCUGAGGAAACGCUCCUUUCGGAACUUUGUAAAGAGUCUUUCGCUCGCGAAAAGAGUGUGGUCGAUGAAGCAGAAGCGGAAAUUGGCGCCAUCCAAUCAACAGAUGGUGGUAAGACGCUUCAAGGUGCGAUCGAAGCUGUAGCUCAUUUGGACGUUCAGUCUGAGGAAACGCUCCUUUCGGAACUUUGUAAAGAGUCUUUCGCUCGCGAAAAGAGUGUGGUCGAUGAAGCAGGAGCGGAAAUUGCCGCUAUCCAACCAACAGAUGAUGGUAAGACGCUUCAAGGUGCGAUCGAAGCUGUAGCUCAUUUGGACAUUCAGUCUGAGGAAACGCUCCUUUCGGAACUUUGUAAAGAGUCUUUCGCUCGCGAAAAGAGUGUGGUCGAUGAUGCGGAAGCGGAAAUUGGCGCUAUCCAAUCAACAGAUGGUGGUAAGACGCUUCAAGGUGCGAUCGAAGCUGUAGCUCUUGAUGAAGAACAAGCGGGUUUAAUUCAAAAGAUGGAUUUAGAACAAUCGGUAGGAACGAUGGUGAUAAAUAAUGAAAUUGUUGAGACCGAAGAAAAGAAUACGUGUCAGGCCGAAGGUACUCAGGACUUCAAGGAUAGAAUGGGUGAACAACAGGAAACCAAUGUGAUCGCAAUGUCCCCAACAGAAAAGCUGUACUGUAUGUGGCAAGAUAUGUCGUGGCUUGAUCGUUCGGUCUAUGGGCAAGCGGAACAACGAUACGCAUUGGUCAACGUGUGCAAUACCGUUUCUGAAAAUGUUCCGAGCAAUAGUAGCAUAACUAUCGAUGGAAAUAACGAGCUAGCUAGUCCAGAAGUUGUUCAAAGUGAUGGUGCUUUGCGCGAAGGAGAGAUUGUAGAAGUGCAGAAGGAACUGAUCAGCGAUCAGGUUCUAGGAUUCAUUGAUACAGUGACGAGCAAGGAAAUACUGAAUCCCAAACCCUGUGAAAAUGUUUCCGAAGUGACAACCGUCACUGUAACGAAAAUCACCGACUACUAUGCAUCAGCAGAAGCAGCAGCGGCAGAUACUAUUACUACUGCUACCACAACAACCGCAACUAACAAUGUACUAACACCAAUUGCCCUUACACCACCACCCCUUGAAGAGUUACCCCCGCAGCAAGUCGCGGCUCGUCCCGCUAUCGUUCCCCCCAUAGAAUCUGUUCCAAUGUCCGAUCCCGACCCCAAUCCGGUUCCUAUUCCCGUCCAAGUGGAUCCCCCGUCUUCAGUCGACCCUUCAUUAGGUUCAACGGACAGCGUAGAAUUAAGUAAACAGAAUGUGGCUGAUUGCACAAACAGUAAACAGGCACUAGCGCAAAGCGUGGAAAGUAUUCUGGAUUCGCUGAUCAGUGCGGAGCUAGAGAUGAACAAUCUUCCGUACGACAACGUGAACGAUCUUAUUAAGGGUCUGCAGAUCCUGAUAACGAACCUAGCCGACUACAAACGACAGAAUUAUGCGAUCGCACGAUCCUUACCGGACAAUGCGGAUGCUUAUGUGCGUGCGUCGAUCGGGCAGAUUGACGAUCGUAUCGAUACUUUACGACAGCGAGCAGAGAAUGGUCUCGAGAAGAUACAGCAAACCUUGAAACAGCGCGAGCAAAGGAAGGAUGAAGUUCGAGAUUAUCUAAAACUGUUGAAAGAAAUGGAAGGAUGGCUUUCAGGCACUAGCAUCCAGUUGAUGGAGGUAACAGAAUGUAGUACAAAGGAUGAUGUGAGACGACGGUUGGCCGAAGACAGUGCAGUGCUGGCGGAUCUGCGCGAGAAAGAGGCUUACUUAAAGGAUGUGUUGAACAAGACGGAACCGUAUCUUGUGUACAGUGAUGUUAGCGAUCGCACGGCAACAUUGCGUGAGAAUUUAACCAUUUUGAUACGAGUGCUACGUGAGAAGGCUCUGAUACUAGAGAACAACAUUCAUCGAUUAUCCGUGCACUUGGAUCCACAAGUGGAGGCUCCAAUCACGGCACUGCAUACGGUUGAUAUAGAAAGCCAAACCAGUCCUAUGGCGUCGAUCGAGCCCGUACCGUGCACUUCGUUGGUGCCAUCGGUGGAUGCAACAGUAGCUUUGCCAGUGAGUGUGGCCACUCAAGAAUCCUCAGCACAGACACAGCAUGUGCAGGAUCAAACGACGGAUAACAUUUUGAUCAUUCAAUCAGUCGCCAAUGGUCGUGAGACUGUACAAAUAUCAAACGUGCCACGUAUGUCGUACGGGUCUGUGGAGCAGCAGAAGGAGGAAGCGAUCGUAGUGGAGGCAAAGUACACACAACCUGGCGAAGGACGCGAGAGUGAUCGGUCGUCCGAAUUGUUGGUGCGGAACAUUCCCACCCAGUUCGAGACCACUUUCACUGAGCCAGAUGAUACGACGACCGAAAUCAUCGUCAAUAAGGAUGGUUCGAAGAUGAUCACUUUGAGGAAGGUGGUGCAACCAGCCCAAUCGAUCGAACCGACGGCAUUAGGGAAGGCCUCGAUUGUCACUUCGGUGGACAUGGCAGUGCAGCCCGUGUUAGAUGCUACCGAGAGCGGUGGUGGUCUGGUGGUGGAUGUUGAAGGAGUUGAUGUCACGCUGGAAGAGAAAACGGUUGCUGACCCCGAAGAGAUCCAACGACAGGAAGUGGCAGUCAGCGAAGCAAUCGCUGUUGAAGAAGCGGCACAAACGGUCGUGACGGAGGUUUUGGAGGAAGUGGAGAAGCAGGUGGUUGCUUCCCAGCAGCAGCAGCAGCAGACUCCGGUCGUUGAGCAGCCUGAGGCUCUGUCGCAGGUAUUCGAUUCACAUCCUCAAACCGCACCAGUAGAGUUGAUUGCUUCUAAUGUUGAGUCACGAACUAGUACUAGUACAAUAUUAGGCGCUGCUACCGAAGCUGUUGCUGCCGCUACUGAUGCCGUAACCGAUUCCCUAAGCCUUAAUGAACCACUUACAGCCGGCGAUCAGUUGAUCACUGCGGAAGUAAAGCCACUUGAGCCGGUCGAGGACAUCUGGCCGCCAUCCGAGUACGUGUGUACUGCUAAGGAUGUGGAAAGAUCGAUACCAACCUCGCCUGAGCAUCACGCUAUUGCUGCUUCCCCAGCACCUGAGAUAUCUGAAGAUCAAGCACAAGAGGCAGCAAAAGUAUGGCCGACUAGUCCCGUGCGGGGCUCAGAUUAUAUUGAAAUCGAACCAAAUGUAUUACAACCCAGUGAUGCAACUGUUGUGCCUAGUCAAGAAAUAAUCGUUCCAAUCGUCGUUCAAGAUGAUGUGUUGGAAGUGGUCGUUGCAAAUAGAGAGCAAGAAAUCGAGGUCCCCAUCACACUCGAAAAGGCCCCCGAAUGGGCUGCAACAACGACGACUGUUCCCGUACAGAUUUCGGUUGAAGAACCACUAGAAGCAACACCUGCUGCGACUGAUAAGCCAGAGAGAGUACGUAUGGAUGAGGAAUUGGUGGAACAAAUAGUUCCCGUAUCUGAAAUAACUGAAAGCAAAACCGUUGAAACUCCCGAAGAAGACGUAUCCAAUGCUACUGUUGAAUAUACGCAUGCGCAAUCACCGCCAACAGUUGAAACCACAAUCACGAGAACUGUGGACACGAUAGAGGACACCGAUAGUAGUACGACAGUGGUCGAAACCGUAACAUUGGUUACUAAACGGAUUACAGAGGAAAUUAUCCUGCUUCCGGAAGAAGUGGUCGAUUCUAACGCCCCCGAAGGUGACCUCGAAGACGAAGUGGUUGAAGAACGAGUUACCCGUGUAACGACGAUCGUUGAAAGGAUUUUGGUUGCAGAAGAAGAUGAGACCAAUACCAUCGGGUUCAGCGAAGAAUCUACUAGCGAAAGAACAGUGGCGAUACGAGAAGCUGACAAUGAAGGUCCAUCGAUUGAAACUGUUGAGCCUGUACCGCCCCAUGACGAAAACAAACUGCAGGUACAGGUAGCCUCGAUUGGUGAAACACAAAGUUCGUUGACAGUUUCGAUGACGAUGGAUCCAGCAGAGACGAGAAAGGUUAGCGUCAGUCUGAUUGAAAUAAAACCGGUAACGGAGGGGUCAGCUGAAAUGGACAUUACGAAAGAACAGAUUGAUGAUCUGGCAGAGUAUGAGGCAGUGUCCGUAUCAGGAGCGGCUGAAAUUGACCCCGGCUACGAGGCCGAUAAAACAACCGCUGAAGCAGAUGGUGGAGACGAGGACAAAGGCAAAAAGAAACGAAGGAAGAAGAAGAAGGGAAAACAUGAGAACGAAAAGGGUAGCAACACGGAUCAAUACCAGCCGCCUGUAGAGGACCAUCCGAAGGAGCAAGACAUCGCAAGUGAAGCCACCGAACGUUUGUCCUUGGCACAAGAAUCAGAACAGCGUUUUGAUUCAUAUCAAAGCUUUACGGAAGAUGAUCAGCACCAGGUCAGCGCGGUGAACGUGAUGGAGGAAGGCGUGGAGACGGAGAUAGUAGAAGUCCCUAUAAACAUCCAGGAAAAGAUCGUUGUACCAACGGAGGUCCUCGAAACAGUCUACCUAGAGGAUGUUCAACAGCAAACCACUCCAAUCGAGUUUGCUACCGAGCCGAAGGACUCUACAGAUGUCGAGAUUGAGAAGAUCACCUCCGAACGGUUGAUGGUACCGAUUGAUUGGGAACAGAGAUCGAUGCAAACAUCUCCGGAACCGGAUGUGCAUCGAACGUCGCAGCAGACAUCGCCGUUUACGAUCAUCGAAGAGGAGGUGAAACCGGUCGAAGUGGAAACCAAGGAAAUACAGACAUCUUGCGUCGAAGCAAUAGAAAUGGAAACCCAAACGACACAACCACAGUCGAUGGUGCAACAAGAAUCACAAACAGAAGCGGUCGAUGGUGAGAAGGAAGCCGUACGAGAGAUCGAUACGGUUGAUACUUCCAAUCAGACCGUGUCUGUUGUCAUGAAAGAGAUGCAGCAACAAGCCGACAAUACGGAAGAGAUUGUUGGCCCUAUUUUGGGUCAGAUAGUGAGGGAAGUGGUGGAUCCAACGUCGUUGUAUACACCCCAAUCCAUGCAGACGAGUCCGGUGAGUUUCGCGGAAAAUGUGGAACACCAGGCCCCGCUGGAGGUGGCGAAAUCGGACGAGAGCGCCCAAACCAUCGCACCGGAACAGCAAGAUGCGUUCGUUGAAACCGAUGUGGUGCAGUAUGAAGAUCGGGGAAUCUCUCCUACGGUUGAAACGCUGGAGGUAGAAUUGUCACCUGUCGCACCGGUAACGACCAUUGAUUCCGCGAUGCAAACGAGUCCAAUGCAUGAUGUUGCGGCCGUGGAACAACCGGUAACAACGAAGUAUGAGAUUCAGGAUGAGAUUCUCAUUCAAACGGUUGCUCCUUUGCAACAGUCCACCAACCUGGAAAGUACGCUUAUGCAAACGGAGCAGGUGCCAACUGUUGAAAUCGAUUCUCAGACCGUUCCAGUUGCCGUGACUGAAAUUACCGAAACAGUCACCAUAAGUACUCAGACGAAGGAGGAAGCUUCAUCGAUGGUGGUACCAUCGGCGAUCACUGAACCGUCUGGGGAAAAGGAAGGAAAGCAAUCGAAAAAGAAAAAGUCCAAGAAAUCCAAGGAAAAGUCGAUUCCGAUUGAGGUGGAGGUUAGCACGCAGAUGAUAGCACCUUCCAAUAGUGGCCCAGGCAUGCUCAUUCCAGGAGCGCAAGGCCAAGAGACGGUCACUGUCACUAAAACCAUCAUUUCGGAAGGCACUGCGAGUGGCAUUGAAGGUCGUGGUGACAUCGAUUUGAACAUACAGGUUGAAAUCGAUCCUUCGUAUGGGAUGGUAGAGGAGCACCGAGUAGUUCCUGUUUCCGCUGACACUGAACCAUCCACAGCUCUGACGUGUGCGAUCAAUGAAUCGUUGGAUCCGGAACAAAGCGUAAGCCUUCGGUUAAGUUUGUCCGACUACUUCUCGAUCAUAAAGUCGCAACAAAGUUAUGCGGAAAAGUGUUUGAUACCGUGGCAAGAUAUCAAUCGGAUGUUUUUGAACAUGAAACCUUUUUCGGCUGUACGUAGCGAUGAGCAUCAACAGCGUGAUAGUUAUCGUACGAUGGCAUUGCGGCGGUUGACCCUCAAGGAGGAAGAAGCUGCGGCAGAGUGUGACGAGCUGGAACACGUGCUUGGUCUGUUGCAGUCGCACGAAAAUGAAGCUCCAGUGCAGCAGCAACUGCUUUUCGAGGUAGUUGAAAGUGUAAUCAAAUCGCUGGAGGAUGUAAAUGAUGGUCUGAGUGUGUCCCAGCUAUCUUCAGAAGAUCAACAGAACACUGUCGGAACGAUUACCGUGGAGGAUCGUGUAAAAUUGCAUCGCUUGUACAAAAUCCGUUUGAUCCGCAUUGAAGAGCAUAUCGUACGGAUCAUCACGUACAUUCAACGCUCGAAAGGUGGCCAAAACAAAGACGUCGAUGAAUGCUUCAAACAUCUGUUGCGGCAAGUGCAGGCGCUCGAGCAAAGUGUUGGAGAAGAGGAGAGGAAGGCCGAUGAAAACUCUACCAACAUCCGUAGAAUUAACGAUACCAUCCGAGAUUUGUCCAAUCGGCUAGAAUCACUCGACGAAACGUUCCAAGAACUGUCGGUCAACGAAUCAGUGCCCAUUGUGAGUAAGCUAAGAACCCUGGAAGAAAUCGACGGCAACUGUCGAUCGGUGUUGAACGUGGUCACAACCAUAACGAAUGAGUACAACGCACUCGAGGUGAAACCGGCGGACGAUACCAGAAUUUGCGAUGAGUUGGAUCGAAUUGGACAGCAGUUGCGGCGGCUGGAGAAUGGAAUCGUACUGGAAAGAAACAAACUGGUACAGCUAGCAAGUUUGGCGGAUGAGUACGAGCAAACGCUGCUGGAAUUCCAGGAGAUAACGGCAGCGGCAGAACAGUUCAUCGAGAAUGAAAUCGUCACGAACUCGCUGGAAGAGUUGCAGGAAGAGAUGCAGAGAUACCGCAAAUUUUUCGUCAACCUUAACCACUGCAAGGUGAUCCUGGAGUCGCUCGAGACGAAUCUCGAUCCGCUGACGCGCCAGAAGCACGCCGAACUGCACUCAUCGCUUUACAACCGCACAAAACUGAUCUUGGAACGAGCCGUGGAUAGGGCGGGCAAGCUGGCGCUUGCCGCAUCGCGCUGGACGGUGUUGGAGAAGGAAAUGAUAGCCGAGAAACAGUGGCUGCAGGUAGCACAACAACGGGUCCCCGAUUUGAGUAACGUUUCAUCGGAGGACUACGAGCGCUACAUCACGAUGUAUGAAUCGUUGGACCAGGACAUAGGUAACCAUCUGACCAAAAUGCGAUCACACAACGAAACAGCUCGACGCAUGCAGGAGCUUAUUUCAGCCCCAAUUGUGGAGAAGGAUAGCAACGAUGCGUUGGUGGUUGUGAUGCAACUUCAGGAGGAAGUGUCGCUAUACUUGAGCCUGCUGAUGAAAUUCAAGACACACUGGCAGCGUUACAAUGUACACGCGGAUCGCUUGGGCGACUGGUUGGACGCAUGUCAGGGUAAGCUGGCUUGUGUGAAUAUCGAGAAGAAUUUGUCGGAAACAUCGGUCGAUGACAUGCGCACGUUUUGGGAAAUCAAGGCGCAGUACGAGGUGCUCAAUAACAAAGUCUACAAGAAUGCAUGUGCUUCGUUUGACCAAGCGCUCAAUACGAUACCGGUUUCCGACGAGCAGUUGCAGCGUCAGUUGCAUGGACAGUUACUCGACAAUUGGUAUGCUGUUUCGAGUAGAAUCGGAGACAUCCAGCAUGACAUUGCCGAUUCGAUGAAAACGAACACCAUCCCACCUGGUGAUAAGAUCGCUUUCAUAGAGCAGGAAUUGCAGGAGAUCGCACGCGAUUUCGAAAGUAGCAAAGCGGUAAUGAAGAGCCAGGAGGAUUUGUACGCGUAUAUCGAACAAAUACAGAUGCUAAAGACUCGCAUUCAACUAAUCGAUACGGAGCUCGUAGGUCAGUUUGCACUGGCCUUGGACUACGACACCGAGAAGGUGAGCGCAAUAUUCAAAGCUUCCCGCAGCUUGUCGAUGCAAAUCAACGAGGAGCUCGAGGCGGCCGAAGUAUUCUACAAACGGUUGGAGGACAUCGAAGCCGGUAUCAAGGCACAGGAGCAUCGCCUGUCUGAGAUAGCGCGUGUGCUCGAUGGGUGUAAUGGCAAAGUGAACGGAAAACGGUCGUCCAUCGAAAAGGCUCUGGCCGACUGCAAGGACUGCCAGGAUGCACUCAGCCCGUGCUGGAGUGAAAUGAUGCGCCUUCGCCAAAUGCUACACACGCUACCAAUGAACCUGAAGGUUUCGGUGUCUCCCUUGCAAACGGAACGCGAUCUCUCGACGCUGCAAAACAUUCAUAGUGAUCUUGAGCGUCGCACUGAGGACGUCAUGACGUUGUUACGGAACCGAUUAACGCUGUGGAAUAAGUUCCAUCGCCAACUGGAUUUGAUCCAGGAGCAUGUGCAGGAGACGGAGUUCAUGAUGGAGCUUCUGCAGCUGCAGGAGAGUGCAGACUACAAUCGACUGCUGAAAGCCACGGAAAGGUUGGAUACACUACUCUCCGAUAUCGAGAGCAGGAAAGGCAUGAUCGAAGAUCUUCAAACCACUGCACAACCGCUCAUUGAGUCUUCGGACGAGAGCGUGUCGUCGGAGAUCCAGGAAACGGUACAGCAAAUCAGCGUGGUUUGGGAGAACACGCGUGAAAACUUGCGUGAUUUAUGCGAACGGUACGAGAAGGCGGUUAAACUGUGGCAACAUUACCACGAUGUUUGCGAGACGGUGAAAGAUUGGGUUAGCACGGAGUUUACCGAUUACGAUGAGCUGCGCCGUUUGGAAGACCUCCCGCAGGUGGAAGUAUACCAGCAGGCCCUUCUCGAUCAGCGCCAAGAGGUGGACAAACUGCGAAAAUUGAUUGGGGACAUAAACGAGCAAGUGGGAUUCAAUAUCGGCGACUCGCUGCUGGCGGAAAUCGACGAAUGUAGUCGGAAGCUUGAGGACAUUGAGAAGAACGUCACCGAUCAUCGAAGCAAGGUGAACGAUCGGGAAGCAAUACGAGUGGAGAAAGCGGCCAUUACACAAUCCUCCCGAGGGCUUUUGGAUCAUGUUCAAGAGAGCUUACAAAAGACCGCGUCCAACCAGCGCCACAGUAAUGAGCAUCUGUACGAUAAAAUUGUGGACCUUCGAUCGUACCUGUUGAGCUUGUGCGCAACUAUGGCCCGAUUGAAGGAGAUUCAUUCUACGGGCAGUGGAAAUCAGCAAGCGGAACGGGAUGACAAUGGAAACCUCCAAAACCUGCACUCUACAUCACAAAACCUUCUCCAGGACACGUUCCAGCAGCACCAGGAGCUCGUGCAGCAGCUGGUCACCGGGUCGGACAACGAUGGUCGUCUGCUCGAGUUCUGGCAAGAGUAUCUGCAGUUCGUGCAGACAUUCCUUUCCGAGGGUAUCCCGAGCGACUACGCCCAGUUGCGGGCACAUCGUGAGCAGUGUCUUCUGAUCAGGACGCUGCUAAUUAGUCUACGGAAGGUGUUUCUACAAAAGAACAAAAUCAGCGUUGAAUUGGUUGAGCGCUUCAACGAGCUGAACCAACUGCACACGGAAAGGAUAGACCUGUUCGAGGAGCGAAUCACAGAGAUCGACAAUAGGCUGUGGCACUGGGACAAGUUCCGCACGCUGGGUGGAAAACUGUACGACACGUUGGGACACAUUGAGCGUGAAAAGUUUACUCUACAGCUGGAGUAUAUCAACCUACAGGAGCUGCCAAAGUUGAUCGGAAAAGUGAAUGGACUGCUGGAGCAGUUCCCCCGUAUGGAGGGUGACCUGAGUGCCAUGAGCCAGGAGCUGGCACAGCUGUCGCUGUACACGAAAGACGAAUGCACGCUCGUUGGAAUGCGCGGUGAGAUGGGAAGAAUAGCGGAAAAGAUUGGCAAACUGCAAGAUAACGUUGAGACGUGGAAAAACUUCCUUUUCGGUAUUGACGAACUUCACGCGCGGUUCGCAAAGCAAUCGUACGAUGUGCAGAAUAGUUUGCACGAACUACAAGAAGGUCUGGAUGAGCUGGAGGCUGACGGACGGGAAGGAGUGGGUGGGUUCCGAAUGGAUCACCGUAUGAGCAGCGCUCAAGCGAAGCAUAAUCUGGUUAAAAACCACCACGUGCGUCUGAACUCGGUUCGUGAAAAGUUGGAAGAGGUCGGCCAGCUGCAGGCAGAGCUGAAGGUAUGCAUUAGCAUAUUCGAUGUGCGACGCUUGCACAAACGUGUUUGGAUGUUGUGGCAAUUGCACAGCAAACUGGAGCAACGUAUUGUGGUGCUGGUGAAGCGUACCGAAGAAGUGAUGCGCAAUCGAAAGUUGUUCUCCGAACACUACCGAUCACUGACCGACUGGAUGAGGCAGUUCGAGAACAAACUGAACGAUUCCAACAAGUACGAAUCGUGCACGGACGACCAGGAGUUUAUCCGCACCCUGGAGCAAUCCAUGCGCCAAGAGUUGGCACUGAAAGAGUACGAGAAGGAUUGGUUAACGUCUAUGGGUAAGGAUUUGCUUGCUAAUUGCCCACCGGAAUCGGACGAACACUCGGAAGUGAUGGGCAGCUUGGAGAAGCUUCAUUCACAGUGGGAUUAUCUGUAUCAGUUGUGUCAAAGCCGGUCGCAAAAGAUAACCGAGAUCGAGAUGACUGUUCGCUCGUUGGAGAUUCGCAUCGCCGAAAUAAAGGCGUGGAUGGUAACGAUCGAGCGCGAGCUACGGACGCCUUUCGUUAUCGACAGUUUGGAGAAGACGAACUUGGAUCGUUUGCUGGAUGACUACGAGAAGCUGCAGCGCUCGAUCGAAAGCAACAGUGGGAAUGUGGCUGAGGUGUUGAACCUCUGCGAGUUGUUGUUUAUCGACGUGCAGUCCUGGAAUGUGCACAUCAAUCGGAUUAGCAUUCAAAACGAUGCGAAGGAUCUGGACUGGCGGUGGAAGAGCGUAUGCAUGGAAUCGGGACGCCGGAAGCAGGAUUUGCUGGCGCUAUGGAACAUGUUGCUAGAGUUGCAAAAGAUUGUCGAAUCCCACCACGGCUGGGUGGCCGAACAGGAUCAAUACGUUCGGCAGCUGGAGGAAUCGUUGGCAGGGCUCGAUGGUGAACAAAUGUCCGAGGCGCUUGAGACAAUUGCCAUCCGCAGUGGCGAUAUUACUGCUCAGGAACCUAUCCAGUGCAUCAUGCGGAAAUUGUACGUUUCCCUAGCCUACAGCGAACGAGCCUCGAGUGAAGGAUUGAACUUCAUCACCGGAACGGCACACCAAAUGCUUACAGUUUGGGAACGCCUACAAGUGAGACUCGGUACAGUCCGCACGGAGCUGGAGCGGUAUCGCUCGGAAUAUGGUACCUUCGUCGUGGAGUACGAACGUAUAAUUCUGUCACUGACCCAACUGGACGUACAAGUGACCCAGCUAGAACACAUUCCUUCAGCUCAGGAGGUCUUUGCAGAUCGAUCCUCCGAGUCGCAAGUGCAACAUCUCCGUGAACUUCACAACGAGCUGUUGCUUGUAGUAGAUCUGUUCGAGAAAGAGGACACGCUAGGAUCAAACCUCCUGGAACGGCAUUCCUCGAACAACACAAUGACGGAGGACAUCCGCCAGAAGAUGUCCGAAUACCAUCGAUUAGGUAACAGCGUCAAGGAGCGUCUUGAUCGACUGCUCCAGAGUGCAAUUGAGGCACACGAACGCAACGAAAAGGAGGUGGCCGUGCAGGUGGACACAUUGCGUCUCGGACGAAGUGAGUCCAUCACGGCAAAGGAUGCCUACCGUUACCAGCUAGAGUCGGCCCUCACGGAAGCAGGCGGCAACUUACAGAAGCUGCAAGAAGCGAUCGAUGCGAUCAACGCCAACAACUUUGUUUCAUCAACCCAGAACGUGUCGAAGGCUUCGGCUGCCUGUGAGUCAUCGAUAGAACUGAUCAAACAUCUCAGCACGCUACUACAAACGGAGUGUCAAGCCAGUGCGGACGAAGCUUUCAGGGAACGUGUGGCAGAAGAGACGAAUCGCUAUCAAGUCUUGCUGGUGGUAUGGAAGGAAAAACAACAGACACUCGAAGAUUCAAGGAUCUUUCCUAAUGCUUACAAUUUUAACUGCGUGCACAAUGCGGACUACCUCACGUGUCCUUUGUGUACGAACCGUAACUGGCAGCAGAUCGAUAACGAUUUGUGGCGCUUGGAGCAAUGGCUGUCGAUGGCCGAAGCAUCCCAGCGGAAUCAACUCUCCACCCCUCCGACUGACAUCGACGCUUUAGAGGAUACGAUACAGGACCAUCGGGAAUUCUUGCUCGAUCUGGACAGCCACAAGAGCAUUAUAAAGUCUCUCAAUAUCGUCGGCGAGCAUCUGGCGAUGCACACGCGUGACACCGAUCGUGCAGCGAAACUGCGUGAGCGGCUGCAGAAGAACAACCGACGGUGGGAAACGGUGUGUGCCGGUGCAUCUCGCUGGCAGUCGGCAUUGAACAGUGCCCUAAUGGAGAACCGCGAGUUCCAUCGUACGAUCGCUGAGCUAAGCGGUUGGCUGGAGCAGACGGAAACCCGGAUCAAGGCAUCGGAACCGAUCGAUCUGUCCAGUGACCAACGAUUGGUGGAGAAGAAGUAUCGCAUGUUCCGCGAACUGCGCGCUGAUUUGAUGCGCUGUGAGCCUCGAGUGGUGAGUCUGCAGGAGACGACUUCCCAGCUGACAAAGUACGUCGAUGCUAACAAAUCGGAAAAAUUCGACGAAGUGUACGCCAAGUUAACCGACUUAAGGUUACGAUUCCACUCAAUUCGGCGACUGGUAGAGAUGUAUAUCAUCAAAAUCGGCGCAUCGUUGGGCUACGAUAGUAGCACCUGUCUGGCCGAAGUUCCGCCAUCGUCUUCCUCAUCGACGACGUCGCUGUUUGAAAGCCAUUUCGCUCGGCGCCGUCUUACGCAGGGACAGCAAGAACCGGGCCAACAACAGGAUGGUAUCAGCAGCACCCGAAACCAUCCACCACUAUCGACGGCACAUGAUUCCAGUUCAAACAUCAUCGGCAGCAGCGAGACAGAAGCAGACGACGAUGUUAUCAACACCACCAUCCUCACGCGAAGCUAUCGUUUCUUGGGACGUGUCAUUCGUGCCUCGUUGCCGAUUCAAGCAAUGCUGUUAUUGCUGCUCGGUGUGGUCACUCUCAUGCCCCACGGUGAAGAGUAUUCCUGCACGCUGGCUAACAACUUCGCGCGGAGCCUGGAACCGAUGCUGCGCUAUCCGAACGGACCGCCACCAAUCUAGCGAUCGAAGCCUAAACCCAUCCUUUAUUCCUUUCCCCAAUAAUUGACUACGAUUUCCUCUGUUACCACCGCAAGAUGCGGCAUAAAUAAGUGCAAUUGGGGUUUACUCUUGCCUGGGGGGUUGUCUGUUUGAUAGUAAGACACUCCACAGUUAAUCGAAACAUAUUAAGAUCGCGAUGAAACUAUUUAAAAUUGCGAAUAGUUACGCUUAACUAUAACCACAUACUUAACCACAACUGUACAGUUUUUAUUAACAAAAUACGAAUUAAACUGCACUCAUACGCUAUUAGCUAGGUAUAUUUGAAGGACACGAAAAUAGGCAUAGUUUGCGAAUGAAAUUGAAGAUAAACUGCUUGCUGCAAGCAACUUAUCUCAUUUAUCUCUUUCUAGUUUAGUUUGCUACAUAUUUUAGAUGGUAUAGCAUGAAAAUACCCAACAUAAUUCCAUAUAUAUUGCAUUGAGGGUUAUUAUUCUUAACCAGUUGAUAUUUAACAUUGAUUCUAGGUAACGCAAAGAAAAUAAAACUAUUA